CCCUGUCCUCCCCUGUCCCUUUCUAGGGGCAUUAGAGUGUUGCAUCAGGUCAGUACCGCAGUAUAGUGUCUGAAGAGAGUGCCCAGGGACCAGACUCUCUCUCAGCAUGGCUCGGAUACAGCAGCUCUCCUGGUUGCUCCUCUGCCUCCUCUUCCUGGUUGGACUAGAGUGUGACCAAGGGGAGCACGCCGCCCAAGGACCACGCAGCAAGAGGGACAUCAGUAAUGAACAGUGAGUUUGGUGAUGAUUUGUGGUUAUAGUUUUUUUGAUCUGCAAGAAUGCAGUGUCUGCUAAAAACAGUUGUGUGAUGUAAUAAUAUUAUCUUAAUAGUGAUUGAAUUUGUUACAUGAUAUUUUCCUAAACUUAAUUUUUACCCUUUGCAAUAAUGUGAAGUUAUCUGGAAAUAUCUUCGCUUCAGUCAAGCAACUCUGACCUUCAAAGCUCAACCAAGCAUCACCUCCAAAAGUUGAAUUUAAUCUAUUGCUAUUGGAGAAUAAGCCAUCUUUUGUCAUCGAAAUCAUUAAUCAAAAUGUAAAAUAUAAAUGAACAGCGUUUAGUACCUAACCUACAUGCUAUAUCAUAUUUUCUGUAUAGUGUUGCGUGUUGUAUAAACAAUUAAAAUGUUGAUACAUUGAAUCUGUCCCCAUGUAAAAUAAUGAUUUAAAUACUUUUCUGAUUGUCUUCCCCCUAGGCCACGCAUGGUAUCAGAGAGCGGUCACCUGGUCUUCUCCACCCAUAACAAAGAGAUCCGCUUCCAGACCUCCGGGUCAGGCAGUGUCAAAGUGGGAACGGAGGACCUCACUCAGCUGAUGAGUCAGGUAUGCACACACACGAGACAAAGUCUUAAAUGGAUAAACAUAUCCACAUUGACAGAUGAUUUGUAGAAAUGUUUUCAUGUGUUGUACCGUCUUUUCGAAAAGCAUCCGUCUUUGUUACUGUUUUUUUCUAACUAAAAUUAUAGAAAUCAUAUAUAAUAAUAAUAAUAAUAAUAAUAAUAAUAAUAAUAAUGAUAAUAAUAUCAGAUCAAGUGGUGGAUAUCACCAUGGAUAUGAUAAUCAUACAUUUUCAUAUCCACUUAUCUUGUUCACAAAUAUGUCCAAAAAGCACAUUCUUCAAAAUAUUCCAUCUGUUCAGGACUUUAUUAUGUCUCGACAUCUCUAUAAACUAGUGAUUUUCACAUGAUGCUAUGAAUCAUUAACAACUUAGAAAGAGCAGACUCUGCAAUUCAACCAGCAUUUGACCAAAGAUCAAAAUACUAUUUAUUAAAAUCAAAUUUAAUUGUAGCAUGGUUAUGGUGGGUUUGGAAUACUAUAUAAUUAUUCAGUAAUUACUCUUUAGAAACAUCAUUUAAUAAUAGUGAAGAAACAUGUAACAUCACAACUUCCAUACCAAGCCUUCUUUACUUCUUAUUUCAGAUCAAAACAAACAAAGCUGACAUCGACAAUAUAAAACAAAAUGGAGGUGGAACUUCCCCUGAUGUCACUAACCAACUCAAUACGCUCAACGCAAAGGUGUCAUCACUUGAAACUAAAGUGACAGCACUAGAACAGGUAAGUACAGUAUGGCCUACUUCUUACAUGUUACAUAUUGUGUAUGAUGAAUCUUAUUCUAUAUUUUCACAAAUAAUCAUUUCCCUAACUCCAAACCCCUUACCCUCUGUCCUCUCACCCUUACCCUCUGUCCUCUCCCACUCCUCUCCUCCUUUCUCUCCUCUCUAUCCCUGCCUCUCCCAGACGGUCCAGAGAAAGACAUGUACCAGUAAUCCCUGUCAGAAUGGAGCCACCUGUCUGGACCUGCUGGACUCUUUUCACUGCAUGUGCCCCAGCAACUGGGGGGUAAGUGGACACACAGAGAGAGAGAGAGAGAGUGUGUGUGCCCGCACCCGCAUUUAUGUGUUAUUUCUGUUUAAAUCGUGGUGUGUGUGUGUGUCUGCAGGGUCCUAACUGUGCUGUGGAUGUGAAUGAGUGCCAGAUCUUUGUCGGGACCUCUCAGGGAUGUCAGAAUGGAGCCACUUGUAUCAACACCCCUGGAUCCUUUACGUGAGGACACACACACACACACACACACACACACACACACACACACUGAGACACACACACACUGAGACACACACACACUGAGACAGACAUACACACACACACUGAGACAGACACACACUGAGACAGACAGACAGACAGACACACACACACUGAAUCUGUCUUCUUGUAUUUCUCUUCAAGUUGCACCUGUUCACCAGAGUGGUCUGGUACCCUGUGUACGACCCGCUAUGACGACUGUCAGGGUGCCGCUCAGGACCUGUGUGUCCAUGGAACGUGCAUUGACGCAGACAGAAUCACACCCAACGUGGUAACUGUCAAUCAUCAUUCAACAGUGUUGGUCUCCUAUUUGAUUUAAUGGAUCUCAUCUGUUUAAAAACAGAAUUGUCAGCCAUUUGUCUUAGCUGUAGCCUGCCCUGUUUAACUAGCCAAAGAUACUUUCAUUUGAUGAAUGAAGACUGUCUAGACAAUGUCAUUUAUUUCAGCCAAUGUCUCCACCCUGGUCCCUUGGCUUCAAUUAAUUAGCUUUAUGUGAUAACUGCCCUGUGAAGAAAGCAAUUUGUGAAGAAAGCAAUUACUAGAUUAGAUUUAGCACUGCUAGCUACCAUAGCCUUAAUGUUUAUUUUAUUUUAUUAGAGUAGAGCAAUGAAAUACUUCUUUUUCAUAGUGAUGAUAGAUCUGAGACCUGCAUUAGAGUAGUAGGAACUGAUCCAUUACCAGUAGUACAGUGGAAGUUGUCUUACAUGGGAGUAGCUAUAACCAUUUACCCCUUGGAUAUCGAAUCAAAUAAAUGAUUUAUAGGCCCCUGGCUAAUCUAAUUAAGUCUUGGCUCAGUAGGCCAUGCACAUCAUAGAAAUAGAAUGACUCUAGAAUGACUCUAUUUCUGUAAUGCACGUCAUUGCACAUCACUGAUUCACUACUAGUGCAUCUAAAUGUGAUCGGUACACGUUCUGUACAUAUUCUAUUUAUGGGAGUUGACAUGAAUCCAUGCCAUGUGGUGUUAUUUCCUUCCAGCCCAAGUUUAAGUGUGUUUGUGAUGAUGGUUGGAUGGCCCCAGCCGGCAACCCAGCCUGUAUAUCAGACGUGGAUGAGUGUAGCCUUGCCCAGAAGCCUUGCUCCACCAACCCGCCUGUGACCUGUUACAACACCCAGGGCUCCUUCUACUGCGGCUCCUGUCCUGCUGGUGAGAGCCGCUCAGUGCUCACAGUUUCCUUAUCAUCAAUGGUAUUGUGCAUUAGGUCUGAGGAAACUGAUGUUUGGUGACCCAAAAUGGCUGACAUAGUUUGUUACCUCCAUGUGGUUGCCAGAUGGAUGCCUCUUCAGUCCUCCAAAAUAGCAUGUUUUGGUCUUGAGUCGAAGUGCUCUUGAAUUCAGUUAUACAAGAGUACUUCUUAGGACAAAGACAUAAUAAACAAUGAUUUGUGCUGGCAUUGUCUGUAUAACAGUAAAUGUAACACUGUUUGUUGUGCAUUCCUCCAGGAUGGCAGGGCAACGGCUACAGCUGUCUGGAUGUGAAUGAGUGUUCCACUAAUAACGGAGGAUGCUCCACUACUCCCAUGGUCCAGUGUCUCAAUACCAUGGGCUCCUUCCACUGUGGAACCUGUCCUCCAGGUAACUAACCCUUACCUUAACCCAAACCUUAACCUGCUCCUCCACUCCAUGGUCCAGUGUCUCAAUACCAUGGGCUCCUUCCACUGUGGAACCUGUCCUCCAGGUAACUAACCUUAACCCUUAACCUGCUCCUCCACUCCAUGGUCCAGCAUCUCAAUACCAUGGGCUCCUUCCACUGUGGAACCUGUCCUCCAGGUAACUAACCUUAACCCUUAACCUGCUCCUCCACUCCAUGGUCCAGCAUCUCAAUACCAUGCAAUCCUUCCACUGUGGAACCUGUCCUCCAGGUACCUGUAUCUGAAUGAAUCUUCUGGAACCUCUCCCUCUUCUUUCUUUACCCUCCUCUCUCUACUGUUUUCUGAUAUUUAAAUAAUGUCUUCUUAUUUUCUGUUCCUACAACUUAUCUCUUAGUCAUAUACACACAACAUUUAGACCAACAUGGUCUUUGUCAGGUUACUGUAAUAGUGUUCUUACACAACCCUUGGUGUUGAAAUUAAAAAUUGAGCUGGUGGAUUUGGUGUACCACAGAAGAAAGCUGUCCUUGUUUCCCUCUAUGGCGGAUGCCAGCUGGCAGGUGGAUGCUUGCUGACUCCUGGUAGUUUUCAGUAAUAUGGCUCUGAUGAAAAGCAGAUGCCUGACUAUAUGUAGUGUGUUCAGCCCUAUCCCCAUCCAGAGAUCUCUUUUGUGUGUACUCUGUAGCCCUCUGGCUCAGUUUCUGUCUCUAUCUCACUUUGUCGACCUCUCCUCCUCUCUCUGUCGAUCGCUCUCGCUCUCGCUCUCUCUCUGUCUCUCACUCUCAGAAUUAGUCAUUGUGCUCAACGGUAUUUUAUGGCCCUUUUAUUAAUUCAAAAUGUUGCUUUUUGUCUGGUAUAGACCUGCUGGUUCAUUGGUGGAUUGAUUGAUUGAUUGACUAAUUGAUUGGUUAAUUGAUUGAUCUGUAUCCAGGCUAUGAAGGAGAUGGGAGAACCUGCACUCAGGCUAACAUCUGUGCCAAUAACAAUGGAGGCUGCUACCCCCAGGCUACCUGCUCUUCCACUCCAGGUAAAUGUGCACACACACACACACACACACACACACCUAUCUUUACGGCACCUCAUGACCGGUGGCAGUGAGGAUAAGACAGGGCCAUUAUUGCAGGCGUUGACAGCUCUGCUCUCUCUCACCCUCCUUAUGGCUGACAUCAACUAUAAAGACUGUUACAGCCAGGAGACUAGAUUAUGAUGCUAUCACAUGAGCAGAGGCUGGAGUGCUGAGAGAGCUCAAUGCCCUAUUCACCUAUAGGAGAAAAUGUAGUAUACUUUUACUGCAUGGUAGUUAGGGAGAUUGGUUUAUUUCUCUAACAAAUUGUCCUCGUUCAAACUGUGUCGCAUGUCCCUCAUCUUUAUACUGUGUCUAGUGAAUGCACCUGUGUCUUUAAUGUUAUGGUGAGUUAAUCAGGUAUCCUGACCAUAUCUCUGUGCUUCCAGGCGCCAUCAUCCCAGUGUGCACCUGUCCCCCAGACUACACAGGAAAUGGCUACGGCCCAACAGGAUGCACCCAGAGCAGCAAUAUCUGCCAGACCAACAAUCCAUGUGUCAAUGGACAGUGUGUGGUGAGUGUUGACUACAUGGGACUCUAGCAACUUCACAUUUUCUCAGGACCAGGAUUUUACUCCUUAAACAAUGACUUGUCCAGGAGGUUUUCAUCUACACUGUAUAUUAUUUGGGUUUUGGUAACAUUUUUGCUGUAUUCCCCCCCCCCCCCCCCCCCAGCCUACUUCCACGGGGUAUCUGUGUACCUGUAGUCCUGGCUGGGGAGGGGUGAACUGUGACCAGAAUGUCAAUGAGUGUGCCAGCAACCCAUGUCAGAAUGGAGGUACAUGCAACGAUGGACUCAAUGGAUUCACCUGUACCUGCACUGACCAGUGGACAGGGCCAACCUGCCAGACCGCACAGCAAGGUGUGUGUGUGUGUGCGUGCAUGUGUAUCUGUGUGUUUAUAGAAUGUUAUGAAUGAUAAAGAGAAAUUGACUUAUUUCAGGGUGUUUUGCUGUAUUUGUACAGUGUGUGUACUGUGUGCUUCACUUACCUGUGUGUGACUGUGUGUGUUGUCAGUGUGUGGAGGCUACCUGACUGGCCCGGCUGGUACAUUCAGCUACCCCAACACCCCUGGUAGUGACCAGUACGACCACCAGGUCAGCUGUGCCUGGGUCAUCAGAGCAGACGCCAACAAGGUCAGUGUAAUCUAAUGCCACACUGUCACUUACACACAGCAGGUCCUGGACCUGACUACACAUGACAAGACUGGACUCACAGUCUAACAAAGAGUUUGGCAUAUGCUUUUCCAUAAUGUUACAUCAGUUGUAACGCAGUAUACCAUGGAAUAAGCAUUUUUGUUGAUUUGUACAAUUUGAAUGUCUAACAAUAUGUGAAAUUUGUUCUAUACAUUGUACAAGCCCAAUAGCUAUACAAGUCAAGUGGAAUAGUUAUUUAAUGAUGUGUUAAUACUGUGGUGUUCAUUUCUUCCCAGAUUCUACGGAUCACCUUCCCUCACUUUGAGCUGGAGAACAGUGCUAACUGUGACUUCGACUUCCUUCAGAUCCACGAUGGCGAGAGCGCCUCGGCCUAUCAGUUAGGGAAGUACUGCGGUACCAGCACCCCCGCAGAGCUCUUCAGCUCCCACAAUGCAUUGUACUUUUGGUUCCGCUCUGACCACUCCGUCAACGCAGGCGGCUUCACUGUGGCCUGGACCUCACAGACACCAGGUGUGUGUGUGUGUGUGUGUGUGUGUGUGUCUGUUGGCAAGAGACCUAGAUAAAAUGUAUUGUUUGCAAUCUACCUGAAAUAGCUUAGUCAGGUGUUACCCAUGUACAGUCCUCUCCUCACUGCAAUCUGUACCGGUUUGUUUCACCUCCAGUAUGUGGCGGGGAGUUGACCGAACCCCACGGUAACAUCAACUCACCUGGUUACCCCGGCAACUACCCUCCCAACCGCGACUGCUAUUGGACGGUUGACGUGGCCCCCGGCCUGCUCAUCACCUUCGCCUUCGGAACCCUCAGCCUGGAAAACCACCCUGACUGUAACUAUGACUACCUGGAGGUGAGGCAGGCACCAUGGCAACAUCAACAUGUCCCUUCAGCUAUGGAUAUAUAUAUAUAUAUAGCCGCAGACAUUAUGUGAAUAUUACGAUUUUUCAUUAUCAUCCGCAACUAUGAAGGUUAUAGGUCUGUUACUGUAACAGUUGUCUGUCCUUGGUUCUAUGUUCUGUGGUCUAGAUCCGGGAUGGUCUCCGCCCAGAAGAUCCGGUUCUAGGGAAGUACUGCAGCAAUGUGACUCCCGCCCCUCGCCAGACCACGGGACCUGCAGCAUGGAUCCGGUUCCACUCGGACUUCUCUAACUCUGACCGUGGCUUCCACAUCACUUACACCACCUCUCCAUGUAAGAGAUCUGUCAUAUCAACUACUGUUAACAACUUACCUUUUUUAAGGAAAGGAUUAUUACAAGGAUUCUCAAUGCCAUAUGCAGGUUUUCUUGGUCCCAGAUCUCUUUGUGCUGUUUUGCUCAUUCAUAUGGUCAUUCCAAAAAUGACCUGGGACUAGGCUAUUCUAAAAGAUGUCCCUCUCCAACUGAAGGUCAUGUGUCUGGCUCUCUCUGUUCUAGCUGACCCUGGUUGUGGAGGAACCUUUACAGAGAGCGAGGGCAUCAUCAUCUCCCCCAACUGGCCCAAUAACUACGCCCAUAACCGCCAGUGUAUCUACAUCAUCCGCCUGCCAGCCAAUGAGAUUGUCUCACUCAACUUUACACACAUGGACUUGGAGUCCCACAGCGGUUGUAUGUUUGACUAUGUGGAGGUACAGUAGUGUGUGUGUGUUUUUGUUGAACUAUCCUAAUGCGUACGGGAAGUCCUCACAAGGAUAGUAAAAUAAGGACAUUUUUCCAGGCUAGGGUUAGGGGUUAGGUAUAGUUUUAGGGUUAGGAGUUUGGGGGUAAGCUUAGGCUUAAGCUUAAGGUUAAGGUUAGGGUUAUGGUUAGGUUAAUGGUUAUGGUUAAGGGUUAAGGAAAAAAUUAUUUUGGAUGGGAAUAAAUUAUUUGGUCCCCACAAGGAUAGCAAUACAAAACUGGGCGCAUGCACGUGUGUGUUUGUGAUUGAGGUUUCUGAUUGAGAUUGUUGGUGGUGUCAGGGUGCUUUGUCUCUGGGAGGGGGAUUAGAUAUGAUGUGUGUGCCUGGAUCUCUGUGUCCUCUUAACAUUGUUCAUGUUUGACUCUCCUGGUUGUGUUUCCCAGGUCCGUGAUGGUACCACAGAGACAGACCCUCUGAUUGGGAAGUACUGUGGGUACACCAUCCCUGCCCCCAUCCUGUCCUCCUCCAAUGCUCUCUGGAUCCGCUUCAAGUCUGACGCAUCAAUCAGCCAGGCAGGGUUCAGGGCCACAUACGAAGUCGGUGAGAAUCACAAACACUGUCUAACCACACCAGUGGCAAAACACUAUCUCUUCACCAUCUUGUCACUGGCAAACCCCAACAGUGACAAACCACAAGCUCUUCAGAUAUGCCAAAAUCAUGACCUGGGAAAUAUAGGUGUACUAAUAAUGGACUGCAUCUAUAUAGUGCUUCUCACUAGGUCUAAGCAGUUAAAAUCUCUAGUCCUGUGACACAUCUCCUCAAUCUCUCUCCCUGAUCUCUACCUCAGUAGUAAUUACAUUUCAGCACAGCCGCCUUGCAGAGCCUAGUAAAAGUGUGAGGGUUUUAUGUGAAGAAUAAAAAGGGUUGUGUAUUGAACUUCUUCUGCCCCCUCCCCCACCAUGCAGGUUUGUUUGUGUGGCCAUCUCAUAUGUGUGAAUGCCUGGCCUGUAUGUGAUUUAACAGCUGCUCAACAGACUUUAAGGUUAUUUCAGCAAAAUUGAGUUACUGACAUAGUCGUGUUCUGUUCAAUGUUCUUAUUGAACGUUAAGUCUUCCUGCUGUUUCGGCAAUCCCUGGUGAUUAAACACACUCUUGAACAGCACGGUGAAUAGUGUGUUUGUGUGCUUUAAUGGCCCACCCUCCACUCCAUCUUCUGCACCUGGAAAUGGCCUGUCAGACUGGACUACUUAGUGUCAAGGCCUGGGAUGAAUAUCCAGUGUGAUUCCCAGUGCUGGUUCUCUUUGCUCCAUAUUUGCAUAUACAGUAUGUGAAGCAUACCAGUCGUGUAUGGUGAUCUGAGCGAAAAGACUAAGCAUUUUCACAUUUACAUUUGUGUCAUUUAGCAGGUGCUCUUACAGGUACUUGCAGUUAAUUUUCAUUAUCUGGCAACUGGUUUGCAGUCCAAUAGAGUUAAUUAACUUGACCUCCUUUUCCAAUUAGUUUGUGCAUAGCCAUCUAGAAGGUCCCAAUGGAGUUCUGUCUCUUUCCCAGGCUGUGGUGGCACCUUCUCUGGGACGGGUCAGAUCCGGUCCCCCUACCACCCUGAUGCCUACCCCCACAACAAGGAGUGUGAGUGGGUCAUCAACCAACCACAGGGCUACGUUGUCACCCUCAACUUCCUCACCUUCGACAUCGAGAGCGGCUCCUGUGUCUAUGACUUUGUUGAGGUAUUCAAACUUCACUCCAGCCUAUCAUCCUUGAAUUCUGCCUCUGAUUGUCCAACAUCGUCAAUGGACAUUUUUUUUGUUUUACUAUUGUUGUCAUUACAUACACAAACAUUUCUAAAGAGAUGAGGUGACCUGAAAUAAGCUCCACCUCUCUCUCUCUCUGUGUCUCUCUCUCUCUCUCUCUCUCUCUCUCUCUCUCUCUCUCUCUCUCUCUCUCUCUCUCUCUCUGUCUCUCUCUCUGUGUCUUUCUUUCUUUCUUUCUCUCUGUGUGUGUCUCUCUCUCUCUCUCUCUCUCUCUCUCAAUUCAAUUUAAUUUAAGGGCUUUAUUGGCAUGGAAACAUACACUACCAGUCAAAAGUUUGGACACACCUACUCAUUCAAGGGUUUUUCUUUAUUUUUACAAUUUUUUACAUUUAUAAAAUAAUAGUCAAGACAUCAAAACUAUGAAAUAACACAUAUGGGAAUCAUGUAGUAACCAAAAAAGUGUUAAACAAAUCAAAAUAUAUUUGAGAUUCUUCAAAUAGCCACCCUUUGCCUUGAUGACAGCUUUGCACACUCUUGGCAUUCUCUCAACCAGCUUCAUGAGGUAGUCACCUGGAAUGCAUUUCAAUUAACAGGUGUGCCUUCUUAAAAGUUAAUUUGUGGACUUUCUUUCCUUCUUAAUGUGUUUGAGCCAAUCAGUUGUGUUCUGACAAGGUAGGGGGUAUUAUGGCAAGAACAGCUCAAAUAAGCAAAUAGAAAUGACAGUCCAUCAUUACUUUAAGACAAGAAGGUCAGUCAAUAUGGAACAUUUCAAGAACUUUGAAAGUUUCUUCAAGUGCAGUCGCAAAAACCAUCAAGCGCUGUGAUGAAACUGGCUCUCAUGAGGACCGCAACAGGAAUGGAAGACCCAGACUAUCAUUUGUUUUUGAACAAGACAAUGACCCAACACACCUCCAGGCUGUGUAAGGGCAAUUUUACCAAGAAGGAGGGUGAUGGAGUGCUGCAUCAGAUGACCUGGCCUCCACAAUCCCCCGACCUCAACCCAAUUGUGAUGGUUUGGGAUGAGUCGGACGGCAGAGUGAAGGAAAAGCAGCCAACAAGUGCUCAGCAUAUGUGGGAACUCCUUCAAGAAUGUUGGAAAAGCAUUCCAGGUGAAGCUGGUUGAGAGAAUGCCAAGAGUGUGCAAAGCUGUCAUCAAGGCAAAGGGUGGCUAUUUGAAGAAUCUCAAAUCUCAAAUAUUUGUUAUUUCAUAGUUUUGAUGUCUUCACUAUUAUUCUACAAUGUAGAAAAUUGUUUUAAAAAAUAAAGAAAAACACUUGAAUUAGUAGGUGUGUCCAAACUUUUGACUGGUACUGUAUGUAACGUUGCCAAAGCAAGUGAAACUGUCAGUGUCGUCAGAUCCACUGAUAAGAGCAGUAACCACAUAUACUAUGCCACAAGAGAAGGAUGGCAAAAUAUGGCUAAGGGCAGGAGGGAGGAUGGAGCAGGUCCCCAAACUGGGAGAGGGCCCAGUCAAGAUGGCAACAACUACAGGAGAAAUCACUAGUAAAAGUGACAAAGAAAUGGUAGAGCUCAAGGGCAUUACCUCAUGCAAAGAGCCGACCAACUGGAGGCUCAAAGAGUUCGAAGACUGGGCAGCCUUGCCAGGUGCAAGGUGAAGGGAUAUGUAUGUUCCACCAAGACCAAACCAGUAACGAUUGGCUCACUGAUCCUUAUAAAGUGGGGUUCAAACAGUGACACUUUAUUGCCGCUCUACAACUCAGAGCAAACAACAGUCCCAAAAUAAUAAAGACAUUUCAAGUGUCAUUAUGUCUAUAUACAGAGUUAUAAUGAUGUGCAAAUAGUUAAAGUACAAAAAGGAAAAUAAAUAAACAUAAAUAUAGGUUGUUUUUACAAUGGUGUUUGUUCUUCACUGGUUGCCCUUUUCUUGUGGCGACAGGUCACAAAUCUUGCUGCUGUGAUUGCACACUGUGGUAUUUCACCCAAUAGAUAUGGUAGUUUAUAAAAAUUGGAUUUGUUUUCAAAUUCUUUGUGGGUCUGUGUAAUCUGAGGGAAAUAUGUGUCUCUAAUAUGGUCAUACAUUUGGCAGGAGGUUAGGAAGUGCAGCUCAGUUUCCACCUCAUUUUGUGGGCAGUGUGCACAUAGCCUGUCUUCUCUUGAGAGCCAGGUCUGCCUUCGGCGGCCUUUCUCAAUAGCAAUGCUAUGCUCACUGAGUCUGUACAUAGUCAAAGAUUUCCUUAAUUUUGGGUAAUUCACAGUGGUCAGGUAUUCUGCCACUGUGUACUUUCUGUUUAGGGCCAAAUAGAUUUCUAGUUUGCUCUGGGUUAUUUUGUAAAUUAUUUCUAAUGUGUCAAGUAAUUGUCUUUUUGUUUUCUCAUGAUUUGAUUGGGUCUCAUUGUGUUGCUGUCUUUGGGCUCUGUGGGGUCUGUUUGUGUUUGUGAACAGAGCCCCAGGACCAGCUUGCUUAGGGGACUUUUCUCCAGGUUUAUUUCUCUGUAGGUGAUGGCUUUGUUAUGAAAGGUUUGGGAAUCGCUUCCUUUUAGGUGGUUGUAAAAUUUAACGGCUCUUAUCUGGAUUUUGAUAAUUAGCGGGUAUGGGCCCAAUUCUGCUCUGCAUGCAUUAUUUGGUGUUUUACGUUGUAUGCCAAGGAUAUUUUUGCAGAACUCUGCAUGCUGAGUCUCAAUUUGGUGUUUGUCCCAUUUUGUGAAUUCUUGGUUGGUGAGCGGACCCCAGACCUCACAACCAUAAAGGGCAAUGGAUUCUAUAACUGAUUCAAGUAUUCUUUGCCAGAUCCUAAUUGGUAUGUCAAAUUUUGUGUUCCUUUUGAUGGCAUAGAAGGCCCUUAUUGACUUGUCUCUCAGAUCGUUCACAGCUUUGUGCAAGUUACCUGUGGCGCUUAUGUUUAGGCCCGAGGUAUGUAUCGUUUUUUGUGUGCUCUAGGGCAAUGAUGUUUAGAUGGAAUUUGUAUUUGUGGUCCUGGCAACUGGACCUUUUUGGAACAUCAUUAUUUUUGUCUAACUGAUAUUUACUGUCAGGGCCCAGGUCUGACUUAAUCUGUGCAGAAGAUCUAGGUGCUGCUUUAGGCCCUCCUUGGUUGGGGAAAGAAGCACCAGAUCAUCAGCAAACAGUAGACAUUUGACUUCAGAUUCUAGUAGAGUGAGGCCGGGUGCUGCAGAAUGUUCUAGUACCCUCGCCAAUUCAUUGAUUUAUAUAUGUUGAAGAGCAUCCCAGUCUCACCCCACAGCCCUGUGUGUGUUUUUUGCUAAUUUUAACUGCACACUUGUUGUUUGUGUACAUGAAUUGUAUUAUGUCGUAUGUUUUUCCUCCAACACCACUUUCCAUCAAUUUGUAUAGCAGACCCUCAUGCCAAAUUCUCUCUCUCUCUCUCUCUCUCACUCACUCUCUCUCUCUGUGUCUCUCUCUCUGUGUCUCUGUCUCUGUCUGUGUGUCUCUUCUCUCUCCCCUCCCCCAGGUAAGGGACGGCUCCACGGUGAGCUCUCCUCUGAUUGGUACAUACUGUGGCACCACCAUGCCAGCCAUGCUCGAGUCCACCCAGAGGUCCAUGUACAUCCGCUUUAAGACUGACUCGUCCGUCUCCAACCAUGGCUUCACUGCAUCCUACGACUCUGCUAUGGAGGGUAAGCCCCUGGUACUCAUGGGAUAUGUAGUUUAUUCUGCCGUGACUAAAAGCUCAAAUAUCUACUAAUGUGUAUGUGUUGUCAGUGAGUGGUAUCUGUGAGCCUAUGUGUCCUGGGACUGGGUACUGUGACAACAACAUGUUUACCAAUCCUUUGUCUCUGUAUAAUGUUUCAAUAAAGAUGUAUUGUGUUGACUCUGAAUGAGGUGUAAAAAUAACAGUAUAUUUUAACCCAAUUUGAGCCUGUUUCCCUGUUUGAUGCCAGGUUGUGGCACUACGCUUAAUGCCCCGUCGGGGUCCCUCACAAGCCCUGGGCAUCCCAACAACUACCCCCAUGGAGCCAACUGCACCUGGUACAUCUCUGUCGCACCCGGCAACCUCAUCCGCCUGUCCUUCACCUCCUUCAACAUGGAGUACCACACCAGCUGUAACUAUGACUACGUCGAGGUGUAUGACAAUGGCACCGUUGCGACUGGGACCAAGCUUGGCAGGUAAAGUACAGUACAUGCAAACAAACCCAUGUCAAGAUGUUAAGAACCCGUGGCAAUAUGGUGAUUACGCUAAAUCAUGCUGAUGUGUGAACAUUGCCAUGAUUCAAAGUCAAUAUGCUUUUUAGAAGUGAAUCACUCUCGUGAUAAUUUACUCCAACUCGACGUCAACUCAAACUUCAGGUAACUUCUGUUGGUCAGGGAUCAGGUUGAUUGUUUGGGCAUGAAUGACUGAGUUCCCCCCCCCCCCCCAUCUGCCCUAUAUCUUUCCAGGUACUGUGGUCGGUCCGUCCCUCCCUCUCUGACCAGCACAGACAACCUGAUGACUGUCCUCUUUGUCUCCGACAUCAGCCUAGCAACCGAAGGCUUCUCUGCCAACUAUGUCUCCAUCAACGCCACCACCGGUACGGUUACCCUCGGCAACAAGAAACAUUACGGUUACCCUUGGCAACCACUAUUUCCAUUUACAACAGCCCAACAACGCAUUCCCAUUCACAGAAAAAGUCGCAUAAAAUGUGUGAUAUAUGAGGGUUAGAAAGAGGACAUCACCGCCACCACGAGUACUGUUACCCUCGACAGCAUCAAGAAUUCCAAUUAACAGAAAAAUAGAAAAUUACUUGUCACAUAAAAUAGAUGAGAUAUCAGGGUUAGAGGGGGUUCAAACCUGGCUGAUUGUGUAAUUGUAACAAAAUAACCAAAACAAAGUUAAGCAAGAAAACAUGCAGAAAAGAUGGCAGUAGUAAAGGAGAGUUUGACCAAUGCUUUGCCUCUUGCUUGAAUGUUACUGUCGUCUGCUGCACACAACAUUCCCCCCAUAUUUUCCUCUACUCCUGUCGAACGAAAAUAUGGUGUUGAGGUCUGGUACUGCAAGACUACCCUUGUGUUAACCCCAUCUCUUUCCCCUCAUAUUCACGAAAUCAUAUUAAUCUCAUGUCUUCCCCAGACUGUAGUGAGACGUUCACCUCCCCUACAGGAGAACUCAGCUCUCCUAACUUUCCCAGUAACUACCCCACCAACCGCCAGUGUAUCUACAAGAUCAUCGUUGGGGUCAACAUGCAGAUUAUGCUCAACUUCACUGACUUUACUCUGGAGGGCUCACCACCCAACUGUGCUUUAGACUAUGUAGAGAUCAGGUGAGCACCCAGUCAUAAUAGACCUGAUCUGAAUCAGCUGUUACUGGAGGAUGUUUGUCAGUUGUAUGAUUCAAUUUGACUUGAGCAGUCAUUUUUGUGUAAUUAGUAGCUAGCCAGGCAAGAAAACUCAUGCCUAAGUAAUAUGUGAUUAGAAUAAAAAUGAGACCUAUGUCAGCAAGCGUGACAAGAUGAAAGCUGUUAAUAUUGCUAGCAACUUAAAGGCCACUAUUUAUAUCUCCCAAUGUUCUCUCUGUCCGACAGAGAUGGCGGUUAUGAAACCUCUCCUCUGAUUGGCAAGUUCUGCUCCACCCAGAGGCCUCCAAUGCUGGUGUCCCAUAGCAACCGCCUGUGGCUCAUGUUCCGUUCCGACUACUCUGUCACCUUCCCUGGCUUCAGGGCACACUGGGACGGCACGCAGACAGGUGUGUGUGGGAGAAAUGUAUAUUUCACUAGCAUCAUCUUCAACAGGUAUUGUGCUACAUACCAGAAAAUGUAUGAUACUUUGACUACUCAGAAUCUUAACUCCAUCCCUUUAUUUUUACCUCUCUCCUCCUAUUCCUCUCCUUUUGUCCCUGCCCUUUCCCACCCUAGGCUGUGGAGGUACUCUGACCACCAGUUCAGGAGGGUUCUCCUCUCCUAACUACCCCCUACCCUACCACACUAACGCUGAGUGCUACUGGCUGAUCAAGGCCAGCGCUGGGAGCCUGAUCACUCUCAGCUUUGGCAACUUCGAUCUGGAGUCCAGCACCAGCUGUACAUAUGACUACCUGGCUGUGAGUACAGAACACUGUUCAAGGUUAUUACACCCACAUAACAGUCAGUCAAUACAAAAUGAAAUUGAACACGAGAGACAAUUAGGUGUUCAUGACAUUGCUGAAAGAAAAGCAUAUCCCUUGCCCCUUUUGAUGUUAGAAGAAUAUCUAACAUAAUGCCUGUCUGCCUGCCUGCCUGCCCGUCUGUCCGUCCGUCUGUCCAUAGGUAUACGAUGGGAACAGCACUAAUGCGCCACAGCUGGCCAACCUGUGUGGGACUCAGUUGCCUGCCCCCAUCAACUCCAGUAGGAGUCAGCUCUAUGUGAAACUACGCACAGACAGUAUCAUCACAGCUGGAGGCUUCGUGGCCAUGUAUACAACCAGUGAGCACCUAUUACACACACACACACACACACACACACACACACAAGUCUAGCUUUACACCAGGAUACCUACCUAGUAACCACUCCAUGUAGUUGAUGUGUCAACCUAUCCUAAUGGAGCUGUAGGGUGAUUAUAAGCCAUCUGGCUUUCCAAAGACUCCAUCCAGCCAUCUCUGUGUGCUGCUUGAGCUGGUGCGCCCAUGUUGAUUUUGUAGGGCACAUUUUACAUUCUUGUUAUCCAAUUCUACACGUUUACGUUGACAUUAGUUACAUUUGAAGCUUGAGAUACAGUAAACCUUAUUAAAGUUAAUGCUGUGCCAUACCGAAGUGGCUUACAGUGGUAUCCCAGGGUGCUUUUUGUUUGGUUUCCAUGGAAACAGCGUUAGGGAACGCACUCUUGGGGUUCGAGAGGUGAGGAGACCGAGUUGGCAGAGGUACUCACACUACAAAAGAAUGUCAGAGUGGGGACUGGCUUUACUUCUUAUUGUCAGUGUUGUCAAAUGGGCUUUCUGGAAGUCAUGCUGAAAGGAUAAGAGGUCAGUCUUAGUGAAGUCUGUCUUGUUUUGUUUCUGUCACACAGCGGUUUCCAACUUGGCCCUGGACUCAUGUUCUCAUUCUGUCCCUGGAACACUAAUUGUCACUUAGGUUUAUACAGAGAGGUCAGCUCUGCUCUCAAGCUUUAUUUAGUUAUUCCUGGAAAAAUAACACAGUUUCAGUUUGACUCUCACAGAGUUGAAAAGUGCGAUGUUGGCUCUCAUGCUUAAUCUUGACAUUUCUGUCCAAAAACACAACAUACCAUUUAAUAAUGGAAUAUAUUUUGAUAACAGGCAAAUAUAUCCUUCUAAAUAUCACCAUUUAAUCCAGUAAAUUGAAUACUGCUAUAUUCACUAUUAACUCACUCUCCGUCUUCCUUAGGCUGUCAAGGUGUGCUGAUCGCCAACCAGGCGCAUGGGCAGAUUGAGUCUCUGAACUAUCCCAACACCUACCCCCACAACUCCCUGUGUAGCUGGACCAUCCAGACCACCAUGGGCAACACCAUCAACUACACCUUCAUGACCUUUGACCUGGAGAGGACUAGCGUCUGUAGUUUCGACUACGUCAAGGUGGGUGAUGACAUUAAGUCCCAAGUGGCACCCUAUUCCCUUUAUAAUGCACUACUUUGACCAGAGCCCUAUGUAGGGAAUAGGGUGCCAUUUGGGAAACAGUGCAAGAUAAUGUGAAGCUAGUGUGGUUUAAUGUACUCUAAUCAGAGGACCAUCAUAAGUGGCGAGUGGCGCAGUGGUCUAAGGCACUGCAUCGCAGUGCUAGCUGUGCCACUAGAGAUCCUGGUUUGAAUCCAGGCUCUGUCGUAGCCGGCCGUGACCGGGAGACCCAUGGGGCGGCGCACAAUUGGCCCAGCGUCGUCCAGGGUAGGGGAGGGAAUGGCCGGCAGGGAUGUAGCUCAGUUGGUAGAGCAUGGCGUUUGCAACGCCAGGGUUGUGGGUUCGUUUCCCACGGGGGGCUAGUAUGAUUUUUUUUUUUUUUAUGUAUUCACUAACUGUAAGUCGCUCUGGAUAAGAGUGUCUGCUAAAUGACUAAAAUGUAAAUGUAAUAACAUUGGGAAACUGAAUGGAUCUAAAUUAUAGAGGACGAAACUUCCUGGCCUGAGCUUUCUGUUCUCCCAGAUGACAUCACUCCAGGAAAGGCAUGGUCAGGCCAGGAGGUCACCACCCCAUUCAUGUGAUUACCGUAGUGUUGUGUGUUAGUAGUCAUGAGUGAUGGGUUGGCCCAUUCAAAUCUGGGAGGAAGUAUCAGUUUCCUCUGCUCUGCUCUGACUCACCACAUGGACAGGGAGCAGGAGACAGGUGGACUGCUGACUGCUUAUACUCUGGAGAUAUGAUAGUAUACACAGUGACUGUGGUUCUCAACACAUGCAUCAACACUUUUGACAUUACAUUUUGUUGCAGUUUUUAAAAUAUAUUUCUUACAUUGAGAAGUUGGAUAUCAGCUCUCUCUCCACUGUAGGGUAGUUACUAAUGUCCUGGACUGAGCUGGAAUAGAAUUUGUUUGAAGCCUGCAUGGAAAGUAGUUGAUAGACAGUUUGUUGUGAUCUGUAUAGAUUUGAGCACAAGUUCUCACAGGUUUUCUUCAGGGGUUCCUUUUGACAUGAUUUUCAAGGAAGACCUCAUUUCUUAAAACAUGCUACAAGGGUGGUCUUUCAUGGCUUACAUAAUACCAGUGAGUUCUAUGGCUCUUCAUCUAACUCACUCACUGGAAAUAAAUGUCUUUGUGGAAACAAAAUAAUGCUGUUUUCAACUGGCCCCCUGGUCACCAUGACAACCCCAACACACAUGGAUUGCAUCAUGGGCUCCGAGUUAAAUAGACUCAUUCUGUGUGGAUUUCCUGGAGACGGUAAUUCACCUCCUCCUGCUGCCCCUCUAUUUGGCUAGGCUGAUCUCACCACUGGUUUUGUUGCCUACAUUCUAUUCCACAGACCUGUAACUUUAGUGUGCCAGUCUAAGUAUUUACCUCAUAGAGCACUGUGUGGCCCAAACCCCUAUGGGCCCUGGUCGAAAUGAAUGCCAAACAUUUCAUAAUUUUCAGUGUACAAAACUGAAAUGACUCAUGAAGAUGAUGUCAUGACAUUGUACUCUCAAAUAAUGUUGAUUGUAACUGAGGGAACAAUAACCUUGUUGCAAAUCACCAAUAACACAUUACCCUUUUAUAAGUACACAAUCGUAAUUCAACUAUCUGUAGUUAUAUUAGUCUGAAUUUUCCUUUAGUCCUCACAGUAUAUCCACAGGAAAUGGAAAUGGAAAUCUUUCUGUUUGUUUACCUUUGAAUGUAAUGAAUCCGAGAUGUCAAGCUUUGUAUUACAUGGAAGGUCAUCCUCAUCAUUACCUGGUCUAACUGCUGAUCUCUAACCCCCAUAGAAUGUAUGGCCUGGUUAGCACAGUUGAGGUAGAGAAGGUUAACAUCAAUAACACAGAGGUCUUAACAGGGAAUGAUUCAUCUAUACAGCUUUAAUUUCACAUCUUCAAGCUUAGGCCUCUACGUCCAUUCACUGACAUGUAGACAUACAGUGGGAUCCAUAAUUAUUGGCACCCUUGAUAAAGAUGAGCAAAAAAUACUAUAUCAAAUAAAUAAUACAAAUACUGAGCUAUAUUGUACGCUAAAAACAUUUGGAAAAUUAUAUUAUAUUAUACUAAUACAAAUAAAACAAUCUAAAAAAGAUGGGAGUAUAUUUUUAGCACCCGUUUUCAAUACUCUAGCACCUUACCCUUGCAAGGAUAAUGACAAUGAGCCUUUUUCUAAAAUGUUUUAUGAGAUUGAAGAACACAUUGGGAAAGAUCUUAGACCAUUCCUCCAUACAGAAUCUUUCCAGAUCCUUGAUAUCUUUUGACUGCCCGCUUCAAUUCAAACCACAGGUUUUCAAUGGGGUUCAAGUCCGGAGUCUGUGAUGGCUGUUGGAUCAUUUCAACUAAAAAAACACAAGAAAAAGGAUGUCUGACAACUAGUAUGGAGCUGUGGCUCGGAGUAUUGUUUCUUCAUCCUAUGUAAUGUAUUCUCAGUGAAUUUGGUGAUGUUUAUUUCCCCUGUUCAGAGAGAUGUGUCAUUGAAGUUGUUAGGUUUAUGUUCCAUCCAACAUCCUGAUAUGACCAUGUUCUGACCAUUAGAUGGUGCUGUUCAUGCUAUUAGGUGAAGCUGGUUUACGAGGUACAACAUACUAUGGGGAAAUAUAAUCACGCCCCAAGCCGACCCCAACGGAUACUAAAUGAAAAGGCCAAUGGCAGACCACCCAGACCCCGCCAGAUGCAGCAGUCUGGGUAUUGCGCACCACACGGUGCCUAAUAACUUUCCCCUGUCCUAGCAGUAAGCACACUGGGCUACGAUAUCCAAGCGAUAAAACCUCACAAAAGUGUGUGGUGAUGCCCAACUCGCCACAGCACAAAUGUAUCCUAUAGUCAACCCUUUAAACAACGCUCAAGAUGCUGCCCGACCCCUGCUGGAGUGAGUGCGUACACCACUAGGUAACCCUUGCUCCUUGCUGCUAUGUGCCAGGGAGAUAGCCUCAACAAUCCAGUGGGAGAAAUGCUGCUUAGAGAGCGCCCUGCUGGACACAUAACCGGAUAUCCCGGGUCCGUUCAAACACAAGGAUGUCCCUCACAGAGCACUGAAAAGGAACCAGUCCUUUAUCUUGGCAGCAGAGCUCAAACGCUUGCCACUUAUAUGCAUACAGCCCUCUUGUGGAGGGUGCCCUUGCAGACUGAAUGGCAGCAAUAACCUUUAGAGCUAAACCCCUAGCCAUCAGAUUGGCCCUCUCAGGGGCCAGGCCCAUAGGAACUAAAUCUCUGGCCUCAUGCCAAACCUGUCCAUGACCACCUUGUGGGACAACACCUGGCCCAUGAGAACCCCUUGUGAAAGCAGCCAGGGAUCCAUCCACUGGGCCAGUGCCCGAAGGCAUGUCAGGGACACCUGUAUCGACCGGUUUAGAAAUUGGGCCUAGUAGAGCUGGAACCCUGACCCCCUCUCUGGGGAUAAAAAAAAAAAACACCAGUCUAACUCGAAACCCAGGAAUGGAAUGCGCUGCAAUGGGGUUUGACAGCUCUUUUUCUGGUUUACAAUAAAACCUAGAGAGUAUACAUGGGACACCAGCCUGGAUGUGUGUAACACUGCUUAUUCCCUAGACUCCGUUGCUAUCAGCCAAUUGUCCAGAUAGGCCAUUACCCUCAGCCCCUGGCCCCUCAUGGGUGCCACAGCUACCUCCACCACCUUUGAAAAGAUGCGAGGCGAGAGGGACAUGCCGAAAGGGAGUACCAAAAACUCAUGGCUAUCACCUCAUAAUGGAAUGUCAGAAACUUUCUGUGGCUGGGGUACAUGGGCACAUGAAAGUACGCAUCCUUUAGGUUGAUGAUGGUGAACAUCUUGAAUUUGCAAACUCUGAGAUGUUUGUUCAGGGCAUGCAUGUCUAGAAUGGGGCGUAAACCCCCGGUCCCUUUUCAGAACCAGGAAAUACCAGCUGUACCAGCCGUCCUAGGCUUCCGACAGAGGAACCACUUGCCUAUUUCUGGAGCAGGAAGGGAUAUUUCCUACCUUAAUACUGGAGCUGAGGCCAGGGGAACAGUCGACGUGAUGAAGCCGCAAAAACGUGGGGGCCGUACAAGAAAUUGUAGCCUGUACCCCAAAGUCACUGUUCGCAUUACCCAGGUCGGAGCAGGCAGCGAGUCUCCCGUAAAGGUCCAUCUGAGGGCGCAUAGGUUCUUUAUUAACAUCUCCACCAUUUUCGACAUUCUUGUCUGAAUGUGGAGGAGGGACAUAUUUUAUUGAACUCAUGUGGAAUACACAAUACUCUUGAAACCCGAAAACAAUGGGGUUGAAACAAUGUGUUUAGGUGCCUGAAGCCCGGUCCACUCUGGGUUCGGGGGCUUCGGCCAUCCGUGACGUAUCCCGAUUGGCUGUGCCACUUGGGGGUACUGUUGUCACCACCGGUGGUUGGCAAGGGAGGACCUGAUCCCGUGCCACACCCCAUCCCAGAGCUAGGUGCGCAGGGUCUAUCUCCUUCCAUGACAGGACUAGCUCUCACUUCGCCCCUGGAAGCGGUGGCGGCACUUGUGCCUGGCAGUCUGGCGUUGCGCCUGGGAACCAGGCCUGUCCGACCUAGUGCUGGGCCCGGCCCCGGGGGCAGCCCACUUAGCCGGCUGAGCUCCGCCUGCUAGCCUUCCGGAAGGUGCCCCCCCGGCAUCCCCAAAGGACCUCAGACGGAACUGAGCCUGUAUAGCCUCCAGGGGCGAACCGAACAACCCCGUGGGAGAAAUCUGUCUGUCCCCUUCCGGCACCUGUGAAAGUGUCAACCAAAGAUGACGCUCUGCCACCACAGUAGCUCCCAUGCUCUUCCCGAGCACCUGAACGGUGCACCAACAUAUGCGCAGAAUGAAGUCGGCCGUAACACAGAUCUCAUCCAGGAGCUCUGCGUGGGGCUCUAUGGUCAGAUGACAUGAAAAUAGAGCUCUUUGACCACACACACCAGUGGUGGGUUUGGCGUUGAAAAACAGAAGCAAGUGCAGAAAAGUACCUCAUACCUAAUAUGGUGGUGGAUCGUUGAUGUUAUGGGGCUAUUUUGCUUCCACUGGUCCUGGGGCCCUUGUUAAAGGCCCAGUGCAGUCAAAAAUGUGAUUGUCCUGUGUUUUAUAUAUAUUUCCACACUAUGAGGUUGUAAUAAUACUGUGGGAUUGUGAAAAUUAUGAUAAUACCCUUUUAGUGUUUUGGUUGGAUGGAGUUUUGGCCUACCUGGUGACAUCACAAGGCGGUAAAUUAGUUAAUAGACCAAUAACAAAGAGUUCCAAACCUCUCUGACAGCUAGUUUUCAGUUUUCCUCUUCCCCUCAGACAGUCCUAGCAAAUUCUUGCUUGAGAAAUUGCUCUCUGCUAAGAAGUUUCUUUUUGACCAUUUUAGUUCAAAACAAUCACAGUAAGGUACUUAAUUGUUACCCAGACCCUUCUGUUUUUGAGAUUUUUAUUUUAUUACUUGUUAAACAAAAUGUAUUUCUCUAAGCAAUUGUAUACAAUAAUUUAAUUUGCAAAUUGUUUAUAUAUUUGUCAUCGCACCUGAAAGACAGUUGUUGACACAAUCCUUGUGACUGUCAUUUGUUUUGACAUGUAAAUUGUAAAACUGGAAGCUGAGAAUGUUGUUCAACUUGAAGGCUUAAAUCUGACUCAAGUUCUCCCUCUGCCACCUCUGGUUCCCACCCUCAACCCCCCAGCCUCUCUCUGUAUGUCUCCCACAUACUAUGUGGAAUCAUUUUACAGUGCUUUUAGAAGGUAUUCAAACACCUUGACUUUUUCCACAUUUUGUUGUGUUACAAAGUGGGAUUAAAAUUGAUUUAAUUGAAAUGUUUUGUCAACGAUCUACACAAAAUACUCUAAUGUCAAAGUGAAUAAAAAUUCUAACAUUUGUACAAAAAUUAAGGGUUCAACCACCGGAGUCCAAUACAUGUUAUAAUCACCUUUGGCAGUGAUUCUUUCUGGGUAAGUCUAAGCGCUUUGUACACCUGGAUUGUGCAAUAUUUGCACAUUAUUCUUUAAAAAAAUUCUAGCUUUGUGAAGUUGGUGGUUGAUCAUUGCUAGACAGCCAUUUUCAAGUCUUGCCAUAGAUUUUCAAACCGAUUUAAGACUAACUGUAACUAGGUCACUCAGGAACAUUCAAUGUCGUCUUGGUAAGAAACUCCUGUGAAUGUUUGGCCUUGUGUUUUAGGUUAUUGUCCUGCUGAAAGGUGAAUUUGUCUCCCAGUGUCUGUUGGAAAGCAGACUGAACCAGGUUUUCCUCAAGGAUUUUGUCUGUGCUUAACUCUAUUCCAUUUAUUUUUAGUCCUUCGCCGAUGACAAGCAUACCCAUAACAUGAUGCAGCCACCACCAUGCUUGAAAUAUGAAGAAUGGUAGUCAGUGAUGUGUUGUGUUGGAUUUGCCCCAAACAUAACGCUUUGUAUUCAUAAAGUAAAUUUCUUUGCCACAUGUUUUGCAGUUUUACUGUACACUACAGUUUUACUGUAGUGUCUUAUUGUAAACAUGUUGCAUGUUUUGGAAUAUUUUUAUUCUGUACUGGUUUCCUUCUUUUCUCUCAGUCAUUUAGGUUAGUAUUGUGGAGUAACUACAAUGUUGUUGAUCCAUCCUCAGUUAUCUCCUAUCACAGCUAUUAAACUCUGUAACUGUUUUAAACCAUUGGCCUCAUGGUGAAAUCCCUGAAAUCCCUGAGCGGUUUCCUUCCUCUUUGGCAACUGAGUUAGGUAGGACGCCUGUAUCUGUGUAGUGACUGGGUGUAUUGAUACACCAUCCAAAGUGUAAUUAAUGACUUCACCAUUUAAUGACUUCUAUUUUUACCCAUCUACCAAUAGGUGUGCUUCUUUGCGAGGCAUUAGAAUACCUCACUGGACUUUGUGGUUGAAUCUGUGUUUUGAAAUGGAUUGCUCAACUGAGAGACCUUACAAAUAACUAUGUUCAGGUUACAGAAAUGAGGUAGUCAUUCAGAAAUCAUGUUAAACACUAUUAUUGCACACAGAGGGAGUCCAUGCAACUAAUUAUGUGACAUGUUAAUAACUUUUUUUUACUGCUGAACGUAUUUAGGCUUGCAAUAACAAAGGGCUUGAAUACUUAGCUUUUAUUUUUGUAUUAAUAAUUCCACUGACAUUAUGGGGUAUUGUUUGUAAGCCAGUGACACAAAAUCUCUAUUUAAUCCAUUUUAAAUUCAGGCUGUAACACAACAAAAUUAGGAAAAAGUCAAGGAGUGUGAAUACUUUCUGAAGGCACUGCACUUCUUAGAUUAGACCCCCCCAGUUUCCACCUCCCUUUCAGGCCUCAGAAUAUGUCAGGAUUCAUGAAUCCCAUCUCCUCUCUCCUCCCCUUUCUCUGUUCUGGUCUGUUACAUAAGAACACAUCAUGCCAAGACAAUGGAGCUUAUUGUUGCAUUGUCACCACCUCACCACUAAUACAAUAUGUUUUCCAUGAGAAUAGGAAACCAUAUGUCAGGAUUUUAGUACAUCUGUUUGAAUUUCUAUACAUCUCCUGUAGCUCUGAAGUCCUGUGAAGCUAGCCAAAUAUGUGUAUGUUUAUAUUUGUAGCUUUAUUCUAACAUUUAUUCAAUUUUCUCAGAAUAGCUAACAGUUCCUAACCUGUCUCGAUAUUUCCCCCAGCUGUACAACGGUCCCAACGAUCAAGCCCCUCUGAUUGGCUCGUACUGUGGGAACACGCCCCCUCCGGCCAACACCACCACUAGCUCCUCCCUUCACGUGGUGUUCCGCACUGACUCAUCAAUUGCCAUGACGGGCUUCCAGAUGCUCUGGUACCAGAACGGUGAGACCAUAACACAACCACAACUAGCUCUUGCACCACAACACAACCACAAUAUGACUAUAAGUAAUAGAACCAUAACAACCAUACACAACAAACUGGCUGUGUCCAAAAUAGCACCCUAUUCCCUUCAUAGUGCAGUACUUUUGACCAGCAAACCCCGCCCAUCUGCCACUCCAGGUAAGCUAGAGCAAAGAUUUCAAAUAGUAUUUAAAACCAGGUCUGACUGUUAGUAUGAAUAUGAAGUUGUACUAGCUAGAUCGAAGAGGGACCACAAAUACCACGCCCCCCCCUUCCUCUUACUGCUGUGUUCCAUUAUGAUGUCAUCUGUUCCUUCUCCUCACUUUUUUCCCAAACAGCUCUGGGAACUCCCCCUGCCCUCACGCCCACAUAGGAAAGGGCCUGGCCCAAACACUCACUGUUACUGUACGAUUCACUGUAAAUAGGCCUAAAGCACAGCCAACAUGCUCUGUGUUGAAUUAUUUAGUAUACGACUGAAUGGCCAUUGGCAAGAGAAAUUGUGAAAUGGGACCGCUUGUGGAAGAAUAUGCAUUUGUCAUAAAAUACUAAUUUCGUUCAAUUUCAUCCCUUUUUGUCUCUACUCUAGCUGCAUCCUUAAUUACCAAAGUGUUAGAUUGGUACAUUCAGUCUUGGCAACCUAAUUUAAAGUAAUCCAUGUUUCAGGGAUAUUCAAUGAUUUGCAACACAGAGCUAGUCUGGGAAAAUACCCCCACUUUGUCCCUCAUGUUUUUCACCAAAGGAAAAGUUAGAUCAAGACUACCUUGAAAGCUGUAAGAGGCUUAUAGAAGAUAAGAGACACCACAAAGUUUAGAGGCCAACAUUCCUGUUGAUUUUUCAUAAAGGAUUACACUACAAUUUAGUUAAUAUUAAAGGAGUUGUAAUUAGCUCAAAGUCGUUUACAGAUUAAUUGCUUGUGCUCUUCGUUGCACAAUUACGGACAUUUGCAUUCACACAACACAUACAGUGUACAUAUCAUUUUUACUAUUUGUUCAGUACAGACUGAUCGCUCAGCAAUUCUGUCCCCUGCUUUACUUCUAUUCCACAACACUGUGAGAUUUACUGAGUGAAUAGCAGGAUGCCAUUGAAGUUGCUGAAAUGAUCUUGAUCGUCAUAGACCCAUGUAGAUUCCAAUAGAUGAACAUAGAUCUCAUUCCCCUCCAACUGCACAGUGAUCCCAUUAGAUACACUAGCCCAGUCGCCAGCACCGUUUCCCAUAGAAGUUACAAGUAAUUGACACAUUUUCAUCAGCAAUGUACAACAUUGGCCUGCAUUAUAGAUAUGAUAGUAUGUGAAGUGAUAGAGAUGCAUGCAGACGUCUAAGCAACUGUCACACGUUGUACGAUAGACCAUAAUGCAGUUGUCUUCAUUCAUCACUAUGUGGAGAUUACCUGUAUUUGGGCUCUAAGCAUCGCCGAUGUUGGUGAAGACCUUGCUGUAGAUCAGGGUGGUUAACGUUUUGUAGGGUCCGAAGUACCCGACACCUAGUCCAGCUGAGAAUGCCACCUUUGGUUUGGCUGGGGUACAUGCAAAGUGUUGCAACUUGCGUGAUAUAAUCACUCUUGAUAAAUGCUGUAACAAACUAUAGUGAACAGUUACAGUAUUAGCAUAUCUCAUCCAAACAUUGGGAAAGGAAGUUAGGCUAACCCUUUCAACAUACAAUUAUUUGAUGAAAAUAAUGGACAUUGAUAAUUAAUAAUAUUCCCAAAUCAUAAUUUGACUGCUUGUGCAUACAGUAUGCUCAGGGGAUAAUACUGUACGAUUUGGAAUGGCAAUGAUGAUACUCACAUAAUCUUUAAAUAAAAUAACUGUCAUGACCACAGACUCAGUAAAUGAUACAAUGUUACCUGCAUUCUGCUUCAGCUCCCCCACCUGGUCAGCCACUGUGAUGCUCAGUUGGGAUGUAAGACCUGGAGAAAUAUGAAUAUCAAGCUUUAAGACUCUAGUCAACUAGGCUCCACCUGCCUCACACUGGCACUCAACUCCAAUGCUUGAGCUAUGGUAUAGCAAGUAGAAGUGUUUUAAGGGCCAUAGGUUGAGAAAUUACAGAGCUUAUCAAUAAUGGACAAAACAGCAGAGAAUUAAGGUGAGCUCAGUCUAUGAAGGAGGCAAUUUUGAAUCAACCAGUUUUCAGACUAAGAAAAAAAUUACAUGUCUAACGGGCUAAAUAGUAUAUUAAUUGAUACCUUUGAUCUAACAGCUAAAUAGUCUCCCGAGUGGCGCUGUGCCACUAGAGAUCCUGGUUCGAAUCCAGGCUCUGUCGUAGCCGGCCGCGACCGGGAGACCCAUGGGGCGGCGCACAAUUGGCCCAGCGUCGUCCAGGGUAAGGGAGGGAAUGGCCGGCAGGGAUGUAGCUCAGUUGGUAGAGCAUGGCAUUUGCAACGCCAGGGUUGUGGGUUCGAUUCCAGUAUGAAAAAAUAAAAUAAAAAACAUGUAUGCACUCACUAACUGUAAGUCGCUCUGGAUAAGAGCGUCUGCUAAAUGACUAAAAUGUAAAUGUAAAGUGUAGUAUAUUAAUUGAUACUUUUGAUCUAACGGCUAAAUAGUAUAUUAAUUGACACCUUUGAUAUAACGGGCUAAAUAGUAUAUUAAUUGAUACCUUUUGAUCUAACGGGCUAAAUAGUAUAUUAAUUGACACCUUUGAUCUAACAGGCUAAAUAGUAUAUUAAUUGAUACCUUUGAUCUAUGAAAUUACACACCUUAAUGACAGGCGGCUUUUUGUCAUUAUUAGUCUAUGUGACCAACACUAACCAGCAUUACUAUGUCCCAAUUACCUCUCCUUCCUCCCAUCUUGCACUUGUUCACUUCCCUUUUUUUAUUUUGUUUAUUUAACCUUUAUUUAACCAGGUAAGCCAGUUGAGAACACGUUCUCAUUUACAACCUGGCCAAGAUAAAGCAAAGCAGUGCGAUAAAAACAACAACACAGAGUUACAUAUGGGGUAAACAAAACAUAAAGUCAAAAAUACAACAGAAAAUAUACAGUGGGGAAAAAAGUAUUUAGUCAGCCACCAAUUGUGCAAGUUCUCCCACUUAAAAAGAUGAGAGAGGCCUGUAAUUUUCAUCAUAGGUACACGUCAACUAUGACAGACAAAUUGAGGGAAAAAAAUCCAGAAAAUCACAUUGUAGGAUUUUUUAUGAAUUUAUUUGCAAAUUAUGGUGGAAAAUAAGUAUUUGGUCACCUACAAACAAGCAACAUUUCUGGCUCUCACAGACCUGUAACUUCUUCUUUAAGAGGCUCCUCUGUCCUCCACUCGUUACCUGUAUUAAUGGCACCUGUUUGAACUUGUUAUCAGUAUAAAAGACACCUGUCCACAACCUCAAACAGUCACACUCCGAACUCCACUAUGGCCAAGACCAAAGAGCUGUCAAAGGACACCAGAAACAAAAUUGUAGACCUGCACCAGGCUGGGAAGACUGAAUCUGCAAUAGGUAAGCAGCUUGGUUUGAAGAAAUCAACUGUGGGAGCAAUUAUUAGGAAAUGGAAGACAUACAAGACCACUGAUAAUCUCCCUCGAUCUGGGGCUCCACGCAAGAUCUCACCCUGUGGGGUCAAAAUGAUCACAAGAACGGUGAGCAAAAAUCCUAGAACCACCCUAGUGAAUGACCUGCAGAGAGCUGGGACCAAAGUAACAAAGCCUACCAUCAGUAACACACUACGCCGCCAGGGACUCAAAUCCUGCAGUGCAGGACGUGUCCCCCUGCUUAAGCCAGUACAUGUCCAGGCCCGUCUGAAGUUUGCUAGAGUGCAUUUGGAUGAUCCAGAAGAGGAUUGGGAGAAUGUCAUAUGGUCAGAUGAAACCAAAAUAUAACUUUUUGGUAAAAACUCAAUUUGUCGUGUUUGGAGGACAAAGAAUGCUGAGUUGCAUCCAAAGAACACCAUACCUACUGUGAAGCAUGGGGGUGGAAACAUCAUGCUUUGGGGCUGUUUUUCUGCAAAGGGACCAGGACGACUGAUCCAUGUAAAGGAAAGAAUGAAUGGGGCCAUGUAUCGUGAGAUUUUGAGUGAAAACCUCCUUCCAUCAGCAAGGGCAUUGAAGAUGAAACGUGGCUGGGUCUUUCAGCAUGACAAUGAUCCCAAACACACCACCCGGGCAACGAAGGAGUGGCUUCGUAAGAAGCAUUUCAAGGUCCUGGAGUGGCCUAGCCAGUCUCCAGAUCUCAACCCCAUAGAAAAUCUUUGGAGGGAGUUGAAAGUCCGUUUUGCCCAGCGACAGCCCCAAAACAUCACUGCUCUAGAGGAGAUCUGCAUGGAGGAAUGGGCCAAAAUACCAGCAACAGUGUGUGAAAACCUUGUGAAGACUUACAGAAAACGUUUGACCUGUGUCAUUGCCAACAAAGGGUAUAUAACAAAGUAUUGAGAAACUUUUGUUAUUGACCAAAUACUUAUUUUCCACCAUCAUUUGCAAAUAAAUUCAUUAAAAAUCCUACAAUGUGAUUUUCUGGAUUUUCUUUCCUCAUUUUGUCUGUCAUAGUUGACGUGUACCUAUGAUGAAAAUUACAGGCCUCUCUCAUCUUUUUAAGUGGGAGAACUUGCACAAUUGGUGGCUUUUCCCCCACUGUAUAUACAGUGUGUGCAAAUGUAGCAAGUUAUGGAGGUAAGGCCAUAGGCCAUAGUGCAAAUUAAUUACAAUUUAGUAUUAACACUGGAAUGAUAGAUGUGCAAGAGAUGAUGUGCAAAUAGAGAUACUGGGGUGCAAAUGAGCAAAAUAAAUAACAAUAUGGGGAUGAGGUAGUUGGGUGGGCUAAUUUCAGAUGGGCUUUUGCCCAAUAAAUCAUCACUGAUUUGAAAGGAAAUGACUGGUAUAGCAAAUAUGGUGGAAACUCCCACUAGCCCAUACCUUCAACAAUCCAAUUAUUUUAGAUUUGUGGGAAGUGGUGAGCAAGUAUACUCUUCAGGUGAAAGGAGAAAUUAGUGGAACCCACCCCUUAUCUCCAUCAGCCUUACUGACUCAGUGUGGCCCCCUACAGGUUGUGGUGGGGAUCUGUCUGGUCCCACGGGCUCCUUCAACAGCCCAGGAUACCCCAACAGAUACCCAGAGAACAGAGAGUGUAUCUGGCACAUCCAGACUGCCACAGGAAGCAGCAUCACCAUCACCAUCUAUGAGUUUGAUGUGGAGUACCACCCUGACUGCAACUAUGACGUACUGGAGGUAAUGUGUGUGUGGUGUGUCAAUGUGUGUGUCGGUGUCCGUGUGUGCCUGUGUUUGUGUUGGUGUGGGUCUUAGUGAGUGUGUGUUUGAUACUGCGUGGUGUAUGCCAGAUUUGUGUUGUGCUUACUCCUGUGCUAGCUGUACCCAGAGGGCCUAGCGCGGAGUAGCUCACGCCAGUGGAAUGCUGACUUCCACCAGACAGAACAGUGAAUGGAGCCAGCGGGGCAGAAAUGACCUGGAAAUCACAGCUUAGAGAGCUAGCUAGCUGGCCUUUAUCUGGUCCAACUGCCUCCAACACUGGACUCACCCCGCCACCGCCAAACUACCCACAGUCCCUCAGGGUCAUUCAGUGUCUUCACCCUAACUUCCCACAAAUGUCACUUCAUCAUCAUGUGGUUAUCAGCUGCUUCUUCCUGUCCUGUAACUGACCAAAUAUGUUUGUUGUUGUGGACACAAUCUGUAGACCAGCAAAACAUUUUAAAGGAUGGUCUGACAAUUAGCUCAUUUGAUUCCCAUGUGUCCUAUUUUUAAACCAGACAAAUGAGCAUAGAUGAGGACAUGAACAUAGUUAAGUGAUAACCUCAGCUCUAAAUAUGCAGUGAAAGUCCGAAUGUGCAUUCUGUACGGUCUUUGUACCCUUCAAUGGCCCGUUGUUGCUACAUUAGGUUGUAUGUACACUGAGUGUACAAAACAUUAGGAACACCUUCCUAAUAUUGAGUUGCACCCCCUUUUGCCCUCAGAACAGCCUUAAUUCAUCGGGGCAUAGACUCUACAAGGUGUCAAGCUUUCCACAGGGAUGCCGGCCCAUGUUGAAUCCAAUGCUUUCCACAGUUGUGUCAAGUUGACUGCAUGUCCUUUGAGUAGUGGACCAUUCUUGAUACACACAGGAAACUGUUGUGCGGGAAAAACCCCAGCAGCAUUGCAGUUCUUGACACACUCAAACCAGUGCGCCUGGCACCUACUACCAUACCCCGUUCAAAGGCACUUAAACCUUUUGUCUUGCUGAUUCACCCUCUGAAUGGCACACAUACACAAUCCAUGUCUCAAUUGUCUCAAGGCUUCAAAAUCAUUAUUUAACCUGUCUCCUCCCCUUCAUCUACACUUAUUGAAUGGAACACUGGUCACUUUAAUAAUGGAACACUGGUCACUUUAAUAAUGUUUACAUACUGUUUUACCCAUUUCAUAUGUAUAUACUGUAUAUUAGUCAAGGCCAUCCUAUUCAACCAUUGCUGUACAUAUACUAUUCUAUCCAACGUAUUCUUCAGAUACUACAUAUUCUAUCCACAUACUGUCCACAAUGUCUAAACAUCCCAUCACAUAUAUAUAUAUAUAUAUAUAUAUAUAUAUAUAUAUAUAUAUAUAUAUAUACUCCGACAUUGCUCGUACUAAUAUUACUUAAUUCCAUUCUUUUACUUUUAGAUUGGUGUGUAUUGUUAGAUAUUACUGCACUGUUGGAGGUAGAAACACAAGCAUUUCGGUACACCCGCAAUAUCAUCUGCUAAAUAGGUGUAUGCGACCAAUAAAAUUUGAUUUGAUUUAAUAGGUGACAUCAAUAAGGGAUCAUAGCUUUCACCUGGUCAGUCUGUCAUGGAAAGAGCAGGUGUUCCUAAUGUUUUGUACACUCAGCGUAAUAUUUAUGGCUGUAUGCCGUAAAACCCAGUGAUCUCUACUGUACAAUCUUUGUGACCCAAACACUAACCCCUAAACCCUGUCUCUCUACAGGUGUAUACAGGUCCAGACCUGUCAGCUCUCUGUCUCGCCCAGCUCUGCACAACCUCCACCAUUUAACUGUAUCUUCCUUAACCCCUGAACCUCUGACCUUUAACCUCUAACCCCUGUCUUUCCACAGGUAUACGGAGGCCCUGACCUUUCAGCCCCAAGGCUAGCCCAGCUCUGCACAACAACCUCCAGCCCCCUCCAGGUGUCCAGCACGGGGAACAUGGUCACAGUCCGCUUCAAGUCUGACCCCUAUGUCAGUGGCCGAGGGUUCAAUGCCAGCUGGGUCGAGGUCCAGGGAGGUGGGUGAUAGUUGGCUGUAGACACAUACUGUACUGCACAUACACACAAAUACAUACACGUUUUCACUAAAUCCCGCUUCCUCCCCACUCUCCUCUCUUCCUCCCCAGGUUGUGGAGGUCCGAUCAAGGCCCCCAGUGGAGAGAUCCACUCCCCCAACUACCCCGCCAACUACCCCAACACGGUGGACUGUUCCUGGACCAUCUCAGUGGACGUAGGCCACCGGGUCCUCUUCAACUUCACUGACCUGGACAUAGAGCUCCACUCCAUGUGCCAGUGGGACCAUGUAGCUGUGAGUGACUUACUUUAUGAAUGAUGACGUGUUAAUGGUAUUUAUACUUCUGGGAUGAGUAGGACAUUUGGAAUGUGAUUGUGGUUCUACUCUCUUUAUGCCGCUAUCUCUCUCAAUGUCAGGGUAUUGGCAUGUCCACACUAACAGAUGUCAUGGUCCUCUGAAAGAAGCUUGGCAUCUGAACACAGAGACAUUUAUUAUUAUUAUUAUUAUUACAUUCUAUUGAAAUAUCAACUACUGUUCUGAGGGCAGUUUCCAGUCUGUCCCUCCCACUGCCUCUGUCAUUCUAAGUGGCCUUUGUUCCAUCCCCCCAUCACAGAGAGACAAACCACAAACAGAGUAGAGCUCUUUGUCUCUCUGUGGUUUGGCCAUCUUCUUGUCACAUUCCACGGCCCAUUAUUAACACAGUAAAGGGAAGACAGUACCACCGAAAUUAUGUGAUGUCUCUGAUGUCCCACUGGUCAAGUGCCCUAGUGGUCUGUGAUACAAGCUAGUGCUACAGAUUCUGUUCAGGGAAACAAGUAGCCUUCAGUUUAUGCGAAAGAGCAUUCAGUGUGUAAGAUACAAGAUGCAAUGAAAAACUGCAUUGAGGUAGCCAACAGAAUAGUUAUCCUUUGAAAAGCCCCCAUAUGAAUCAAAUAAAGAGCUGGCGAAUGACCGAUCAUAUGUCAUUUUCUCACUUAAUUGUGAUCAUUGCGAGACACGAACUACAGGAAACAGAAAUUAUUCCAGUCCUAUUCCAUAUUUUCCAUUCUGAACAUCAACUUCUCAUCUUUACUGUGUGUGUGUGUGUGUGUGUGUGUGUGUGUGUGUGUGUGUGUGUGUGUGUGUGUGUGUGUGUGUGUGUGUGUGUGUGUGUGUGUGUGUGUGUGUGUGUGUGUGUGUGUGUGUGUGUGUGUGUGUGUGUGUGUGUGGUGUGUGUGUGUGUGUGUGUAGAUCUAUGAUGGACCCAGUAUGUCUGCUCCGCUGCUGGGUCAAGUGUGUGGUCAGACCCGGCCCUCCCCCAUCACCUCCACCCAGAACACCAUCUUUGUGCGGUUCAGAUCUGAUGCCAGCCUCAACCACCGGGGCUUUGCCGCCACCUUCUCCGAGGGUGGGUCAUCAGCACAGCUCGCAUGGCAAUAGAUACACAUAUUGAUACAUAUGCUGUACCUCUCUUAGCUGUUAUUGAGACAUUGAACACAUUUCUGGUUCAUUACAAAUAUAUUUAUGUGGACGAAGUCUGCUCCAGCAUUGAACAAUAUUUGUUUAAAAGUUCUGAAUCAUUGCCUUUUGCUAUAAAAGUGUAGAUUUUUGUUUGGAUUCUUGUUGUUAAAAAACUUUUAUUUCUCUCAGCUUGUGGAGCAACCUUCUUGACAGAUGACGUGGGCGGGGCCAUCGCGUCGCCACGGUAUCCUGCUGUCUACCCAGCCAAUCAGAACUGCAGUUGGAUCAUCAAGGCUCAGUUGCCAUGUCAGUUAGCCAAUCACAUCACAGAGACACACCACUCUAUCCACUGCACUACAGCUCCCAUUCAUUUCAAUGGCCUGCCAUCUUUGGUGAUUACCAUGGCGUUGACCAAUGGUACUUUACAAUAUAAAAACAAUGUAAUUGAUAGUUAUCAGUAACAAACUGAAGUCAUGCUGUGUCUUGUUUUCUCUUUCUACACUCUACCCACUGCAUAGUCAACCAUGUGACCCUGUCGUUUACGGACUUUGAGCUGGAGAGUCUCAACUCCAACUGUUCCCAUGACGCUGUGGAGAUCCUAGAUGGAGAUAACUACAUGGCACCAGUCAUUGGUAAGGUCAUGUUACAGGGAGUGAAUAUUACAGAAGAAUACAGAUCAGUGCUAGACAAUGGAUACUGAUCCUCUGAGGCUGCAAACUAUAGAAGAAUAUAAACAAGAACAGGGGAUAUAACAGAGACUGUGUAACCCUUUACACUCAAAACCAUAUAUGGGUUGAAAAUGGCAGAUUUGAGCGCUGAUCACCUCCUAAAUUAGAGCGCUGUGGCUGUAUAGUAACAUGCUAUAAAUGACAUCAGAGCUCAUAAAGGCCAAUUCCCAUGAGUGUAAAGGGUAAUGUCAUUGUUGCAGCACAUGGCCUUUAACAUGAAAUAACAUCUCUCUUCAUGAAAAUAUACUGUGUUGAAGUAUUACUGAAUACUACUCCAACACAGUGAGAUAGAUACAUUUUCCAUGUUAAUUGUGGUGAUAUUUAUUUUCCCCUCAGGUCGCUACUGUGGGACUGAGAUCCCUCACCCAGUCACAUCGUUCAGCAACGCCCUGGUUGUCAACUUUGUCUCUGACUCCUCUGUCGCCAUGAAGGGCUUCAGAGCAACCUACACAGGCUCCACCUCAAGUAAUGCAUCUAGCUGCAUUUGUCAGAAUGGUCAACUAUUAGUGGGACCCAAUGGUUGUGUCACAUAAGGUCUUAAAGUACCUUCAGAAAUGUAGUUUGAUUCCACAUAUCUACUGCUAUCUAUUGCCUAUCUUUGUAGCAAUCUCCAUAGAGAAUACAUCUGACAGUGAUCAGUUCUGACAGUGACUUACCCUAACCCUCCUCUCACUAAUCCUAACCCUGUCUUCCUCUCCCAGGCUGUGGAGGGGACUUGAUCAUGGAGACAGGGGCCUUCAACAGUCCUAACUACCCUGAUGCCUACCCUCCCAACGUGGAGUGUGUCUGGACCAUCACCAGCUCCCCUGGCAACCGCCUCCAGCUCUCCUUCAUGUAAGUCUCCUAUACUUAUCACGCAGUUAUUACAUAGGUUAUUACAUAAGAACAAAUGCCUACCUAUUGCAUCUUCUACGUAUACUGAGUAUAUUUAUUAUACUGGAAUAAGUAUGGAAUAAGUUCUAAAUAAAGUGGUUAUAACAGUGUUAUUACAUAGGUCAUUACAUAUCAAUAAAGUCAUGACUACGCUAAUAGUUAUUAUUUACCUCUCCUGUGCCAGAAUGUUCCAGCUGCAGCAGAGUUCUGACUGUAACAACGAUUACCUGGAGAUCCGGGAGGGAAACUCUACAGGCGCUCUGGUUGGUCGGUUCUGUGGGGACUCCCUCCCCUCCAACUACACGUCUCUGAUUGGCCACGUCCUGUGGGUCAAGUUCCGCUCAGACUCCUCUCUCAGCGGAGCUGGAUUCAGAGCUACCUUCUCCCACUGUGAGUGUGUGUGUUGGGGUUUUGUGGGCUCGUGCACACCGUAGUGUCUUACUGUACAUUCCACUCUCUCGAUGACACAAUGCAUCUCUUCAGAUGCUUUUCCUUUCUGUUAACGCCAUGCAUGCAUCACAUCCCUGUCGAUGGUCUAUCAAAGUCUUUCAAUGACAAGAUACAGUACAUUAGCUUUAGAUGCAUCUAGUCAUACACUCAGUAUGCUAAACAUAGGACAUGUGGUCUCUCCUUCUCCAGUGUAUGGGAAUGACAUCACAGGUACGUCAGGACAGAUAGCGUCUCCCCUGUACCCCCGGACAUACCCCAACAAUGCAGACUACCGCUGGACCAUCACUGUACCCGGAGACGACUACAUCCAGAUCCACUUCCUAGACAUCGACAUCGAGGACCUGUACGACUGCUACUAUGACCAGCUUAAGGUGUGCAUCAUUUAGGCGACUGAUUCUUUUGAAAUGACAACCUCUUCCCUUCAUAGAAUUGAAAACAUCCCCAAAAGUCAUCUCAUUUUGAUAUUAGUAAACGUUAGAUCACUAUCAUCCUUGAAAACUCAUUGUUGUGUUUGUUGUAAUAGGGGGUACUGUAAACAUGAUAUAAUAUAAUACUAAUACAAUAUAAGAAAGUUAUAUCGGGAACUAUAAACCAUUACCCAGUCUUUUACUUCUAACCUCUCUCUCUGUGUGUGGUCAGAUAUUUGACGGGCCCAAUAUCCAUGCCUACUCCCUGGGGACGUUCUGUGGUCUAUCCCUGCCCGCCUCGGUCAGUAGCUCCGGCAGCACUGUGACUCUAGAGUUCCAGUCCGACUCUGUGUUGGGGGGAAGAGGCUUCCUCAUUGAAUGGUCAGCCAUACAGAGCUCUGGACCCCUUCCCACCAUAGCACCAGGUGUGUGUUUAAGCCAGUCUGUGCGUGUGGGUGUUUGUGCACCCGUCCAUGCACCCAUCCGUGUGUGUUACUAUACUCAUUUCUAUCGCUCUCUCUGUAUGUAGGUGCAUGUGGGGGGGCUCUGAUGCCAGGCGACAGCCCCAGGUUCCUCUUCUCCCCCGGCUGGCCAGACAGCUAUGACCCUAACCUGGAGUGUACCUGGGUCAUCCGUUCCCCUGACUCUAUCGUGGAGCUCAACUUGCUGUCUCUGGACAUGGAGGACUACCCCACCUGCUACUACGACAGCCUGGUCAUCAGGGAUGGUGAGUGCGUGAGAGAGAGGCCUGGAUCCUGUUCAUUAGGCCACACCAUAGCAAAACUUUUUGUAGGAAAAUCAAGUAUUUCUCAUUGGACAAGUUCAGAUAGUACAUGUUUGUUUCACUCUGUUUUCUUCUGUUUCGUGCAAACUGAACAAGACCAUGGUUUAGUAAGACCUUUAUACUAGACUACUGGUUAAUCAGCUUUGUGUGAAGCGUAAAACACUGAAGUUUUACUUUCUAGUGUCUGGGAGACAGUAUGUCACUACCACAACACUGUGUAGUGUGUUUAUGUUUUAGCUAAGCAAAUGGACACAUCUCCUCGGUGAUCACUGCAUGUCCUUUCCUUUGUGUUCCUGAUGUUUACCCCAGUGUGUGUUCUCCUCCUCCAGGUGAGACCAACCUGUCCCCCCUGCUGAACACUGUGUGUGGCCGUGAGCUGCCUGGUCCCAUCCACUCUACAGGGGACUCCAUGUUCCUCCGCUUCACCUCAGACAGCAGUGUCUCUGGGAAGGGCUUCAACGCUUCCUACUCCAAGGGUGAGCUCACUCACAACCCUCUCUGAACCAAUCCAAUCACUGGAUGUUGUUGACCCUGCUAACUUGGUUGACAUCUCAUUCUCUUAACCUUGCUGCUGUCUUAGUUUAAUAUCCAGGCUGUUGAUUUCAUAUUGGUUUGUAUCAUAGGUUUUUGAUCUUCCUGGAUUCUGUUUCUCUAUGACUUUGACAAUGCAGAUCAUACUGAUAUCAUUGACUGUAUUUAUCUAAAGGAAAAAUAUAAUUCUCAGUAUCUCUUUGACAAGUGACAAUAAAAUUAUUGUUUUCUAAUUCUCCUUCUAGGUUGUGGUGGUCUACUGCACGCAGACAGGGGUGUGCUCUCCACCCCACGGUACCCCGAGAACUACCCGUCCAAUCUGGACUGUAGCUGGCACGUGAUGGUGACCCCAGGCUUCAGAGUGUCUGUUAACAUCCAGAGCCCCUUCCAGGUCCAGGGCUUCGGCACCGCCUGCAGCUCUGGAGACUACCUAGAGGUGAGAUACAGUGCAUUCGGAAAGUAUUCAGACCCCUGGACUUUUUCCAAAUUUUUCUACGUUUCAGCCUUAUUCUAAAAUUGAUUAAAUUGCUAUUUCUCCUCAUCAAUCACUGACAAAGCAAAAACACGUUUUUAGAAAUUUGUGCAAAUGUAUUACAAAUAAAAAACGGAUAUAUAACAUUUACAUAAGUAUUCAGACCUUUUACUCAGUACUUUGUUGAAGCACCUUCGGCAGCGAUUACAGCCUUAAGUUUUCUUGGGUAUGACUCUACAAGCUUGGCACACCUGUAUUUGGGGAGCUUCUCCCAUUCUCUGCAGAUCCUCUCAAGCUCUGUCAGGUUGGAUGGGGAGCGUCGCUGCACAGCUAUUUUCAGGUCUCUCCAGAGAUGUUCAAUCGGGUUCAAGUUCAGGCUCUGGCUGGGCCACUCAAGGACAUUUAGAGACUUGUUCCCAAGCCACUCCUGCAUUGUCUUGGUUGUGUGCUUAGGGUCGUUGUCCUGUUGGAAGGUGAACCUUCGGCCCAGUCUGAGGUCCUGAGCGCUCUGGUGCAGGUUUUCAUCAAGGAUCUCUCUGUACUUUGCUGCAUUCAUCUUUCCCUCGAUUCUGACUAGUCUUCAAGUCCCUGCCGCUGAAAAAUAUCCCCACAGCAAGAUGCUGCCACCACCAUGCUUCACCGUAGGGAUAGUGCCUGGUUUCCUCCAGAUGUGACACUUGGCAUUCAGGCAAAAGAGUUCAAUCUUGGUUUCAUCAGACGAGAGAAUCUUGUUUCUCAUGGUCUGAGAGUCUUUAGGUGCCUUUUGGCAAACUCCAAGCGGGCUGUCAUGUACCUUUUACUGAGGAGUGGCUUCUGUCAGGCCACUCUACCAUAAAUGCCUGAUUGGUGGAGUGCUGCAGAGAUGGUUGUCCUUCUGGAAGGUUCUCCCAUCUCUACAGAGGAACUCUGGAGGUCUGUCACCUCCCUGACCAAGGCCCUUCUCCCCCGAUUUCUCAGUUUGGCCGGGCCGCCAGCUCUAGAAAGAAUCUUGGUGGUUCCAAACUUCUUUCAUUUACGAAUGAUGGAGGCCACUUUGUUCUUGGGGACCUUCAAUGCUUCAGAAAUGUUUUGGUACCCUUCCCCCGGUCUGUGCCUUGACACAAUCCUGUCUCGGAGCUUUAUGGACAAUUCCUUCGACUUUAUGGCUUGGUUUCUUUGCUCUGACAUGCACUGUCAACUGUGGGACCUUAUAUAGACAGGUGUGCCUUUCCAAAUCCUGUCCAAUCAAUUGAAUUCACCACAGGUGGACUCCAAUCAAGUUGUAGAAACAUCUCAAGGAUGAUCAAUGGAAUCGAGUCUCAUAGGUGUGAAUACUUAUGCAAAGAUUCUAAGAACCUGUUUUCACUUUGUCAUUAUAGGGCAUUGUGUCUAGAUUAUUAUAUAUAAUAUUUUUUUUUUUGGUGUAUUUUACCCCCUUUUUCGUAUUAUCCAAUUGGUAGUUACCAUCUUGUCCCAUCGCUGCAACUCCCGUACGGAUACGGGAGAGGCGAAGGUCGAGAGUCGUGUGUCCUCCGAAACACAACCCAACCUAGCCGCACUGCUUCUUGACACAGUGCCCGCUUAACCCGGAAGCCAGCCGCACCAAUGUGCCGGAGGAAACACUGUACACCUGGCGACCGAGUCAGCGUGCACUGUGCCCAACCCGCCACAGGAGUCACUAAUGCGCAAUGGGACAAGAACAUGCCUGCCGGCCAAACCCUCCCCUACCCUGGACGGCACUGGGCCAAUUGUGCACCUCCCCAUGGGUCUCCCGGUCGUGGCCAGCUGCGACAGAGCCUGGAAUCGAACCAGGAUCAAUAGUGGCACAGCGAUGCAGUGCCUUAGACCACUGCGCCACUCGAGAGGCCCCGUGUAGAUUGAGAAAAAAAUAAUAAUUGAAUCCAUUUUAGAAUAAGGCUGUAACAUAACAAAAUGUGGAAAAAGGUAAGGGGUCUGAAUACUUUCCAAAUGCACUGUAAUAGAGUCAAAUAGAGUAGAGAAGCGCAUUGCCCAGUAGAAUAUAAGAAAAUAGAUGAGAUUAGAGUAUAGAAAAUAGUAGAAUGGAGUAUAAUAUAAUAGAGUAGAUAUAGAAUAUUUUCUAACAUCAAAUGCACUGUUGACAUAUUUAUAAUAUUUUAUAUAACUUGGAUAGUUGUUUAUCAUAUCAAUGGAUGCUACUUAGACAAAUCGUUAUUUGAAGCAUGAUCAGGUUGAUUAUAUAUAAUGAAUGGUUUGAACCAGUCUCCUAAAUGAUUCUGAAAGCCACAGCUAUACAGAAUGUACUACACCUUGUUAUAGCCAGGAAGAGUGAUCUGCUCUGACAGAUUCAAUUUAUCCAGUGAGUGAUAUGGAUUGUAACAUGACCCUUACCCCUCUGUGUGUGUGUGCGUUACUGUGUGUGUGUGUGUGUGUGUGUGUGUGUGUUCAACCCGCCGCCUGUCUGUCUUAGUUGAGGAACGGUCCAGACGCCUCAGCCCCCUCUCUGGGGGGUCGUCUGUGUGGCACCAGCCCCCCUUCCAUCACCCAGACAACAGACAACAACCUCCACAUACGAUUCAUCUCAGACGCCACCAACGAGGGCAGCGGCUUCAAACUGACCUUUGAAGCCCACAGCCAGGGUGAGACUUUAAUAACAGUAACUUGUUAUAACAUGUUAAUAACACAGACAAUCAAAAAGGUUUAGAUUGAAAUACUGUAAUGUAUGUUUUUACAUGAUUGAGACCACUGUAUUUUGGGCGUAUGAGCAUAGAAGUCAAAGUGCAUGUGAGAAAAUACUUUAGGAUUUCUAGAUUUUCCCAAUGACAUGUAUUUUCUCUCCGCCUGUAGCUUGUGGAGGAGGCAUUGAGCUGAGUGACUCGGACCCUCCAGGCUACAUCACGUCACCCAACUACCCCCAGAACUACCCCCAGAACGUGGACUGUAUCUGGGUCAUCACCGUGCCCAACGGGGAGUCUGUCCAGAUCGACUUUGAGGAUGAGUUCGACAUCGAGCCUACGUCCAAGUAUGACUAAACUAAUGUCCCAUUUGAUAUCAUGGUCCUGUUGUAAUUCUUCAUAAUGUUUCUUUUAACUUGUAUUAACUUGUUAUAACUUCUUAUGUCAUGUUUCUUAUAUUUGAGUACAGAACGCUGUAUGUUUCUUAUAUAUGAGCACAGAGUAUGACAGUAUUUCUAUAAGACUGUAUCCAAGAGACAUAUUGUACCAUUCUGUUGUUGUUGAAUUUUUGAAGAAAACAAUUUCAUGAGAUUUACCCCCAAUGUUUUGUCAUCAGCUGUUUCUAUGACUACAUUGAGCUCCUUGAUGGUGCCACCUCUGAUGCUGACUCCAUGGCUAAACUGUGUGGCAACACCAGGCCCUCUACCCAGCAUUCCACUGGCUCCACCAUGUACCUGCGCUUCCGCACAGAUGCCAGCAUCACACACAAGGGCUUCAAGGCCAAGUACUCCAUCGGUGAGUGUAACUCGAACAGAAUCAACCCACUCCACCACACUCUCAAAUACAGUCUCACACACGCUCACACGCUCUCUGAAAAACACCCUAACACCUACAUAGACCUUGAACCCUUUCAGUGGGUAUGUUACAGUAUCAAACAUAACUCAGAAAGCAGAUGUAUUUUGCUGCCUCUUCUACAAGAGAUGCAGGAGAUACUUGGAAUGACCCGGAUCUCAAUCUUUGCUUUUGGUCUUUUCAAUCCAACACAGCCACGUGUGGAGGCACCUACACUGGCCAGAGUGUUACCAUCAAGAGCCCUGGUUUCCCUGCUAACUACCCAGACAACUUAGCCUGUCAGUGGUACCUGGAGGGCCCUACAGGACACUACCUCACCCUCUCCUACAACAACUUCAGCCUCCAGAGCACAGUAGACUGCAACAGUGACUAUGUGGAGAUACGAGAGUACAAUGCCUCAGGUAAGAGAUCUCUCAGAUAACCUGCUGUAUGUGUACGGAUUCUUGACAUGUUUCUAACAAUGUUCUGCCUAAAAAUGACAAUGGUGUGUGCACAUACGGUUGUGUUAUAUGUCUUAUCUAAGAAGUCUAAUUCAGUUUGUCAAUUUGUGUAAUUAAUUUUGUCUAAUGUGAUGAAAUAAAGUUGACGAAUGUGUUGCCGGUAUGCCCUGUUCCAGGGCGCCUCCUGGGAAAGCAUUGUGGGAACAGUAUGCCUACCCCUAUGGACACAGGAGACAGCUUUGCUUAUGUCAAGUUUAUCUCCGACAGCAGUGGAAACGCCCCAGGAUUCAGUCUGUCCUUUGUGGCCAGUGUGGAAGGUACAAGACAAUUAAUUUAAGAUUUACAGUGCAUUCGGAAAGUUCAGACCCCUUCACUUUUUCCACAUUUUGUUACGUUACAGCCUUAUUCUAAAAUGGAUUCAAUAGUUUUUUCCCCCUCAUCAAUCUACACACAAUACCCCAUAAUGACAAAGCAAAAACAGGUUUUUAGAAAUUUUUGCAAAUGUAUUACAAAAGAAAAACUGAAAUAUCACAUUUACAUAAGUAUUCAGACCCUUUACUCAGUACUUUGUUGAAGCACCUUUGGCAGCGAUUACAGCCUCGAGUCUUCUUGGGUAUGACGCUACAUGUUUGCCACACCUGUAUUUGGGGAGUUUCUCCCAUUCUUCUCUGCAGAUCCUCUCAAGCUCUGUCAGGUUGGAUGGGGAGCGUCGCUGCACAGCUAUUUUCAGGUCUCUCCAGAGAUGUUCAAGUCCGGGCUCUGGCUGGGCCACUCAAGGACAUUCAGCGACUUGUCCCGAAGCCACUCCUGUGUUGUCUUGGCUGUGUACUUAGGGUUAUUGUCCUAUUGGAAGGUGAACCUUCGGCCCAGUAUGAGGUCCUGAGCGCUCUGGAGCAGGUUUUCAUCAAGGAUCUCUCUAUACUUUGCUCCGUUCAUCUUUCCCUCAAUCCUGACUAGACUCCCAGUCCCUGCCGCUGAAAAACAUCCCCACAGCAUGAUGCUGCCACCACCAUGCUUCACCAUAGGGAUGGUGCCAGGUUUCCUCCAGACGUGACGCUUGGCAUUCAGGCCAAAGAGUUCAAUCUUGGUUUCACCAGACCAGAGAAUCUUGUUUCUCAUGGUCUGAGAGUCCUUUAGGUGCCUUUUUGGCCAAAUCCAAGCGGGCUGUCAUGUGCCUUUUACUGAGGAGUGGCUUCCGUCUGCCCACUCUACCAUUAAGGCCUGAUUGGUGGAGUGCUGCAGAGAUGGUUGUGCUGCAGAGAUGGUUGUCCUUCUGGAAGUUUCUCCCAUCUCUACAGAGGAACUCCGUUACAAGACCAUGGUGCUUGCCAAUGGAGCAGUGAGGGGAACGGCACCUCCGUACCUUCGGGCUCUGAUCAGUCCCUACACCCAAACGAGGGCAUUGCGUUCAUCCACCUCUGGCCUGCUGGCUCCCCUUCCUCUGCGGAAGCAUAGUUCCCGCUCAGCCCAGUCAAAACUGUUCGCUGCUCUGGCACCCCAAUGGUGGAACAAGCUCCCUCACGACGCCAGGACAGCGGAGUCACUCACCACCUUCCGGAGACAUUUGAAACCCCACCUCUUUAAGGAAUACCUGGGAUAGGAUAAAGUAAUCCUUCUAAAAAAGUGUAAAGUGGUUUUCCCACUGGCUAUAGGGUGAAUGCACCAAUUUGUAAGUCGCUCUGGAUAAGAGCGUCUGCUAAAUGACGUAAAUGUGCCCUUGAGCAAGGCACUUAACCCUAAUUGCUCCUGUAACUCGCUCUGGAUAAGAGCGUCUGCUAAAUGACUAAAAUGUAAAUGUAACUCUGGAGCUCUGUCAGAGUGACCAUCGGGUUCUUGGUCACCUCCCUGACCAAGGCCCUUCUCCCCCGAUUGCUCAGUUUGGCUGGGCGGCCAGCUCUAGGAAGAGUCUUAGUGGUUCCAAACUUCUUCCAUUGAAGAAUGAUGGAGGCCACUGUGUUCUUGGGGACCUUCAAUGCUGCAGAAUUUUUUUGGUACACUUCCCCAGAUCUGUUCCUCGACACAAUACUGUCUCGCAGCUCUACGGACAAUUCCUUCAACCUCAUGGCUUGGUUUUGCUCUGACAUACACUGUCAACUGUGGGACCUUGAUAUAGAAGGUGUGCCUUUCCAAAUCAUGUCCAAUCAAUUGAAUUUACCACAGGUGGACUCCAAUCAAGUUGUAGAAACAUAUCAAGGAUGAUGAACGGAAACAGGAUGCACCUGAGCUCAAUUUCAAGUCUCCUAGCAAAGGGUCAGAAUACUUCUGUAAAUAAAGUAUUUCUGUUUUUAUAUUUAAUAAAUUAGCAAACAUUUCUAAAAACCAGUUUUCGCUUUGUCAUUAUGGGUUAUUGUGUUCAGAUUGAUGAGGAAAAUAAAUAAUUUAAUCAAUUUUAGAAUAAGGCUGAAACGUAACAAAAUGCGGAAAAGGGAAGGUGUCUGAAUACUUUCCGAAUGCACUGUAUGUGUGAUUUCUGUGUCAUAGCUUCGUGUAGUAUUGGUAUUAGCAGUGAAAAUGACUGACUGACAGUCAAAGUUAAUAAGCUGUAGUUAGGUAUUGAUGUAAACAACCCAUUCUUUCUUUUGCACUCUCAUUCUUUCUAUACUGUCCCCCUACAGUGUGUGGAGGUGAGCUGAACGCUCCCUCGGGGACCAUCUCAUCCCCUAACUACCCCAACCUGUACCCUCACAGCCGUACGUGUCGUUGGGAAAUAACUGUGGUCCCGGGGAGAAGGGUCACUCUCACCAUCAACGACCUUCGGCUGGAGGGCACCAGCAGCAGCAGCUGCUAUGCCGACUAUGUGGAUGUGGGUCCCACUUAUCUUUCAGCUGUCCUUCUCAUCUUUUAGGUUAACUUUUUCAUCCUUUAAGUCAGUCUGUUGUUUAUUUUCUCAUUUGCCCCCACUUGCUGUGUAGUCAUUUAAUCUAAGAUUAAAUUGUGCUCAAUUCUUCUAGCACGUAAUCAGCCAGGUCACAUCCGUGGUCUUUCCAUGCUUCCAGUAUGACUUUAUUGGUUCUAAUGCAGUUCUAAUGGUUCUAACUGGUUCUGAUGGCGUGGUUCUCCUCCCUCAGGUGUUAAACGGCGUGGCGGCAACUGCCCCUCAUAUCCAGCGGUUGUGUGGCACCGUGCCAACAGGCUACCAGGUUAAGUCAUCAGGGAACACCAUGACUGUAGUGUUCCGUACCGACUCCUCUGUCUCCAAUGGAGGCUUUACAGCUACCUACUCCUCCAGUGAAGAUGCAUGUGAGUACAGCUCUACUCUCCUCUUCCUCGCAACUCUUCCCCAGGGCAUUGGUAUAAGAUAAUGUGUUCUCAGUCAACCUUCAGUACCUAUAAGGGUUAAUAAUAAAGGCAGCCAACGCAGAUGUGACCUUAUGCAAAGUAUGUCUUUAAUGUGUAAAGUGUGUUGCCAUCCUUAUAGGGAUGUUAACAUGUGGAUUUGAUUUGAUUUGAAUUAUCAAAGCUGCUCUCAAGUGAAAUAUCAUACAUUUAAAAUACCCUUCAGUGUUGUCUUGUUCUUAACCUCUAUGUCCUCCUCCAUAGUAUGUGGUGGCAUCCUUAGUGACCCAGCUGGAGGUAACUUCACCUCCCCGGGCUACCUCACCUCUAACUACAGCAACAACCUGAACUGUGAGUGGCUGAUCCAGAACCCUACACAAAUCAACUCGUCCAUCGUGGUCCUCCUAGAAGACCUACACCUGGAGAACCAUCAGACCUGCGAGUCCGACUACAUAGAGUUCCGCCUGGGUGAGUCACAACGCGCUCUGAAUGUGUUGUUUUGCUAAUUGAAGAAUGUUUAUGUUCGUAAUUAAAGUAACUACUCAUUGGGGCGGUUUACCAGACACAGAUUUAAGCCUAGCCGUAGACUAAAAAGCACUUUCAAUGGAGAUUCUGCAUUGAGCUUGCUUUUUAUUCCAGGACUAGUCUUAAUCUAUGUCCGGGAAACUUCCCCUAAGUUAUAAAGACAAGUGAUUAUGUGCCUAACCUUGCUGAAAACUGAUCCCCAGAAACAGGCUGUGUAACUGUGUGGAUGUUGUGUAUCUUCCCUUCCUAGGUGACUCUAGCGGGGAGCUGCUGGCCCAGUUCUGUGGCCAGACCACUCCUAUGAUUCCCCUGGUGGUGUCCACCCCUGAACUCUGGGUCCACUUCCAGACCAACCAAGCUAUAGGAGACCUGGGCUUCAAGGCCAAGUACCUAUUCUCCGGUGAGUUUAGCCCCAUCUCUAUGUCUCUCACGUACAGUUCCUCAAUAUCUUAACUGAACAUCAUGUGGUCCGAGCACCACAAGUUUUAUUCUGAGGGAUAUCAGACACAGAUCGAUGCUCCACUAAGGCAUCAAGAUAUGAAAUGUAACAUUACAAUCUUCAUGACCUCUCCAUCUCCCUGGUUGUUGGUAGACUGGGGAAGGAGGUGUAAUCUCCAGUCCUGCCUAACCAAACAUGAACCUCUUUACUCAGCCGUUGUGUCUAGCUCCUAACCUCUACCUCUGUCUACUUACCUCCCUAUAGAAUGUGGUGGUAGGCAGACCGGACAGGGAGGCAUCAUCUCUAGCCCUGCCUACCCUAACAUCUACCCCAGCCCCAGUCGCUGUGCUUGGUUACUAGAGGCCCCUGAGGGUCACACCAUCACUGUGAGUAGUGGAGAAUCCCUCAGCAGCACAUUCUGGAGUUGGAUUCAAUCUUGUGUUUGUGUGUUUUGGUAGUUAAAGUUAGCUACAUAGCUAACACUGUAAGACCAAUAUCAAUAAACAUGUGAAGUAGCUAGCUAGCCAUUUUGGGAAGUAAAGAGGAUUUGUGAUGCAUUUGUGAUGCAUUUCUCUUUGGUAGAUGGUGUGAUUGUUAUAUUUAUUUACCUGGAUGGUCAGUUUUUUUAGGUGAUAGUAACAUUAAUAGUGACAUUGAUGUAGUGUAUGGUAUUUAUGCAGAGCUUGUGCUAUAAAUUGUAUGGUAUAGUAUAAAUACAGCUUAUGCAACACCAACAGCCAUCACAUACCAUACAGAUUUCCCUUAAAAACCAUUCAAACCACCCCCUGUUGUACCCUCAGCUCACCUUCAGCUACUUCAACCUGGAGCCUCACAAUACCUGUGGCUGGGACUCUGUCACCAUCUUCAACGGGGGCUCCCCAGGGUCUCCUGUGAUUGGCCAGUACUGUGGAACCACCUCCCCGGGAACCAUCCAAUCAGGGUCCAACAAGCUGGUGGUGGUUUUCCUGGCCGAUCACUCAGUGUCCAGGGGAGGGUUCGUGGCCACCUGGUCAACUGACUCCUCAGGUAGGCUAUGGGCCAAUGAGUGACCAGGAUGUCGUCUUGGCCAGGGUUGAGGUCAAUUUCAUUUCAAUUCAGUCAAUUCAGGAAGUAAACAAAUAUAGAAAUCAGAUACUUUCUGGAUUGACUGAAUUUAAAUGGAAUUCACCCCAGCCCUGGUCUUGUGAUUGUUCUGUGAAAGUUGUGUGAUAUGUUGUGAAAACAUGAUGUACUAUUGUAUCCCUACAGGCUGUGGAGGAGUGAUACACGCUGACACUGGCGUCAUCAAGUCUCCCAACUACCCUCAGAACUUCCCUGCCAACAUCGAGUGUUCCUGGACCAUCAUUGCCCACGAGGGCAACCACCUAGAGAUGAACUUCAGCUCUGACUUCCAGAUCCCUGAUGCCAACGGGCAGUGCCAGAGCAACUACAUCAAGGUAAACACACACCAUUGAACCUCCUCUCUCCUGUACUUGCUUGAUAGGAUUGCGCCCUCUAUUAAAAUAGCCUUUGUUACUGCAAGGUUGAUGCUCCGCUGACACCACAUGACUAAAAUAAUGAACCCAAGGAGUGGGAAUUCCUCUGUAUAACGGUUCUGUGCAGGGGUGUGUGUUACACCAGUGGAUCUGUGGUCUGCUAGCUGCAGGGUGUGACAGCACUGAUCCAGUUGACAUCAAAUCUCCCUACUGUACAGUACAUACUGAACAUCACGUCUGUUUAUUACUGUCUCUGUGGUAUUACCUGUAGGUGUGGUCAGGUGAUAGUGAGCGAACUGAUGGACUGCUAGCUACAGGUUGUGGUACCACCGCCCCAGCCCCCAUCAUCGCUCCCUACAACACCAUCACCACUAGGUUCCAGUCCACUGGAACCCCAGGAAGAGGCUUCUCAGCCAACUACAUCACAAGUGAGUAGAGUACUACUAGUGUCUGUUAGUUACACAUUUACAGUCGUCAUAUAUCAGUGGAUUUGAACUACUAUAAAGUUCUCUCUGUUGGUGUCUUCUCUUAGGGUGUGGAGCUAACUUCACUGCCCCCACCGGCCGGGUGGUGUCGCCCAACUACCCAGCCGACUACCCCAUACUCUCCGACUGUAGUUACCUCAUAGACGUUGGACCCCAGACUGUCGUCAUCCUGGAGUUCCGCAGCUUCCAGGUAGAAGGUAAGAAGGAGGACCAUCUAAAUGGUCAUCUUGGCUCUCCUGCAAUAUGAUAGCUGUGUAACAACAACUGCACAAGAGAUUUGUCUCUUGCUCUUUGCUGUUGAGAAAGUCAGCCCGAUAUGCUACUUCCGAAAUGCGUAUCGCUUAUUCUACCUUCAAAUCACAUUUAUAAUACUACGAUUAUUUUUACAGUUAGUUUCCCCCUAUAUUGUCCUAACCUGUGUCCUGUCCUAGCCCAUUCCACGUGUCUGUAUGACGGGGUGAAGGUGUACCGUGGUACCCACCCUACGGGGACCCCUCUGGCCACCUUGUGUGGCAGCACCAUCCCUGGACCCUUCAACACCCUGGGACCCAUGCUGGUCAACUUCUACUCCGACUCCAUCAUCAACGACAACGGCUUCCUGGCUGAGUACAGAGCUAUACGUGAGUAUCAUGCUUCAAGUCUGAGGCCCAAUCCUAAAUCAACCCAUGGACCCUAAGCCUUCUGCCAGGGGUGUCCAACUCAAUUCCUGGCCGUGCCUCGGCUGGUUUUUGUUAUUUCCUUUCAACUCCUGCCCAAUUUAGACUUAGACAACAAGGUGAGGAGAGUUCCUAACUACCUUCAGAGGACUGGAGUUUGACACAUUUGCCUUAUGCACUUGAAAAGAUCUGAGAAUAUUUUAUUUGUGUAAGCAAAUGUGGUGAAAUGUGGUGAACCCUAACAAAAGGCAAGGUGGAGCUAUUACCAUAUUGCUUACACCUGAGUAUUAGUGCGUUCUGGCCCUGACUGGGUCUGUCUGGGCCUCUGGGCUCAGUGUUUUGGGCUUUUGGCCUCAUAGUUCUGGGGUUGUUUACCAUUAAGAGGGGAAUGCUGCCGUUGCGCUGGCGCUCCAUUCAGCCCAGUGGAGAAUGUGAAGAAUGGAGAGACGCUGCGCUUUCUAACAAUCAGAGGGGAUUUGAGAGGAGAGAGGGCUCUGGAUACCAGGCCACAGCAGAUGGAUACCAGGCCAGGGGCAACACAUACACACAAUAGACCCACACAAACAUACAGUGCCUUCAGAAAGUAUUGACACCCCAUGACUUUUUACAAAUUGUGUUGUUACAGCCUGAAUUUAAAAUGGUCACUGGCCUACACACAAUACCCCAUAAUGGUCACUGGCCUACACACAAUACCCCAUAAUGUCAAAGAUAUUUUUACAAAUUAAUAAAAAAUGAAAAGCUGAAAUGUCUUGAGUCAAUAAGUAUUCAACCCCUUUGUUAUGGCAAGCCUAAAUAAAUUCAGGAGUAACAAUGUGCUUAACAAGUCACAUAAUACCUAAUAAUAGUGUUUAACAUGAUUUUGGAAUGACUACCUCAUCUCUGUACCCCACACAUACAAUUAUCUGUAAGGUCCCUCAGUCGAGCAGUGAAUUUCAAACACAGAUUCAACCACAAAGACCAGGGAGGUUUUCCAAUGCCUCGCAAAGAAGGGCACCUAUUGGUAGAUGGGUAAAAAAAAAAAAAAAAAAAAAAAAAAGAGGCAGAUAUUGAAUAACCCUUUGAGCAUGGUGAAGUUAUUAAAUACACUUUGGAUGGUGUAUCAAUACACCCAGUCACUAAAAAGAUACAGGCGUCCUUCCUAACUCAGUUGCCGGAGAGGAAGGAAACCGUUCAGGGAUUUCAACAUGAGGCCAAUGGUAACUUUAAAACAGUUACAGAGUUUAAUGGCUGUAAUAGAAAAAAACUGAGGACGGAUCAACAGCAUUGUAGUUACAACACAAUACUAACCUAAAUGAGUGAAAAGAAGGAAGCCUGAACAGAAUAUAAAUAUUCCAAAACAUGCAUCUUGUUUGCAACAAGGCACUAAAGUAAUAUUGCAAAAAAUGUGGCAAAGCAAUUAACUUUUUUAUCCUGAAAAAAAAGUGUUAUUUUUUGGGCAAAUCCAAUAUAACACAUUACUGAGUACCACUCUCCAUAUUUUCAAGCAUAGUGGUGGCUGCAUCAUGUUAUGGGUAUGCUUGUAACCAUUAAGGGCUUGGGAGUUUUUCAGGAUAAAAAAUAAAUGGAAUGGAGCUAAGCGCAGGCAAAGUCCUAGUGGAAAACCUGGUUCAGUCUGCUUUCCCCCAGACACUGGGAAAGGAAUUCACUUUUCAGCAGGACAAUAACCUAAAACACAAGGCCAAAUCUACGCUGGAGUUGCUUACCAAGAAGAAUGUUCCAGAGUGGCCGAGUUACAGUUUUGACUUAAAUCUACUUGAAAAUCUAUGGCAAGACCUGAAAAUGAGAUAUUUCUGUAUUUCAUUUUCAACAAAUUUGAUAACAUUUCUAAAAACAUGUUUUCAGUUUUUCAUUACGGGGUAUUGUGUGUAAAUGGGUGAGAAAAAACAGUUUAAUCCAUUUUGAAUUCAGGCUGUAACACAGCAAAAUGUGGAAUAUGUCAAAGGGUAUGAAUACUUUCUGAAGGCAUGCUCACAAACACACACACGCACCCUUCAAUUCAUAAUAAUUACACUCUGACCUCUGUAAUAUUCAGACAUGCAGCCUGUCAGACAGAACAGUAAAUAAGUAUCAUCAUCAGUAGCUAAAUGACUCACACACUUCAGACAGUAUGACAAGGCAGCCAUUAUAGCCUCUAUAAUGGGGGAGACACCACUCUCCAUCAAGCCUUUUAGAUGACUCAUGUCUACAGUGGCAUGGUCACGUUGAAAGCUCAGAGUAGUUAAAAACGAAAACCUUAUUGCUUAAUGAAAACAGCUCUUCUCUCAGAGCCAAGACACACAGCAAAAUACAGUCUGAAAAUCAACAGAAUUCAUUCAAGUAGAAUUCAUUCAAGUCGAUUUAAUUCAAGUAGCAGACAAAGGUGGUGGAAGGAUAUUAAUAUAAGGUAUUUUUGUCUCUGGUAUGGUCAUAGAAUGGUAUUAAUCAGUGUUUUUUUACUCUUAGCAUGUGGAGGUGUGUUCAACAGCACUUCUGGUACGGUCAGCAGCCCAGCUGGCAUCGAUAACUACCACCACAACAUGAACUGUACCUACCACAUCAUCGUCACCGAAAACUGGGUCAUCAACCUCAAGUGAGUCCAAGGGACAUGCUGCUUUGUCUAACAACCCAGAGGUCUAAUAAUGAUCAGAAAACCAACACAAUCCAUCAUCAUUCAAAAUAAGAACAGGGAGCAAAUGCAAGGCUUAAGCUGAAGUGUUGACUUAGUAUAAAGCACGUAUAAGACUGCAUUCUUAGCUAACAAUGAGUACCUCAUGUUUGUAGUGUAGUAAGAUCAUUCUGAUUCUGGAACAGUUUUUCUCUCUGUGAUCAGAAGAGAACAGACUGUCUCAUGUCCUGCCUGUUUCCACCUGCAGGUGUUAUUCCCUUUGUGUCACACCAUAACCCCACUGAGAGUGUGUGUCCGUGUGUGUGUGUCUGGGUGUGUGUGGAAAGUUUUCCUCUAUGGACCAGGCACCUCCUAACUCAAAACAAUUACUUUCCUCCAAAGGGACUUUCUGUGUGUGACAGUGUUUUAACAAACCCACAUGAACAGGUUGACACCUUUCUCGAAAGUCGUGUUAGGCUUUAAAUGACACCCACAUCUCCUCAGACGUCCCAUAACCCUCUGCCUCUCCUUCCACCAAUCAGGUGGAACACCUUCCAUCUGGAGGCGUCGUCGUCCUGUCGCUAUGACUACGUGAUCGUGUACGACGGGCCCAACACCAUGGCUCCUAUAAUGGGGCAGUUCUGUGGCACGGCACUCCCGCCCAACCUCCAGUCCACAACCAAUCAGAUGUUCAUCGCCUUCAUUACCGACUCAUCCGUGUCUGGGAUUGGCUGGAGGGCCACCUACAUUGAGACUCUGGGUAGGUCAUCUUACACUGGGCUUCUCUAUUGGUCUAUUAAAAACAAUGGACAGUGUUACAUUUUUCUUAUCGUCUAUCCCUAAGUGUCCCUGACACUAUAUGGGCUAUUGAAAACAAUGGAGAGUAUCUAUAUAUAUAUUUUUUUUACAAAUCUUACAUUGUCCUAUACUUAUUCAGGCUCCAAGCUACUGUCGACGUUAAGUUACUAUAAUUUGUUUUACACUCACUCUAAAUCAGUGAGAGGCCAGGAUUGUUGUUCUACUCACUCCAGUAUCAACCCAAGUCUUAAAUCGGUGUGUAGAGGGGGGGUACAUUCCCAAUGACUGACUGCCCGCUGCACAUAAACAGCCUUUUGUCCAUCCGAUGGGCAAGGGGCCAGCCAGCCAUACUAGUGUACUCAGACCAGGACAAAAGAGAGAGAGGCGUUCUGCAUGCAUCAAGCUAGUGAAUAAAGGGCGUGAAUGUGAGUUUUUUUAAAAUCUCUUUUGCCAUUUAUUUUAAUGCAUUUUAUCUAGUUGAUUUGUAUUUGUUUGAUAGUCUAGAUACAAAUGUCUCUAUAAAGUAUAGGGAGGGCUGAGAAAGAAUCCAAGAUUCCAUCAUUGUCUUAGAAGAGAGCCAUAGUGAAUCACCCCCUCUGUGUUACACUAAAAUCAAUCUCCAGCUGUGGUUCCCCCUGUUUCCCAUGGAGCAGAAGGCCCUCCGAGGGAUGUGAGCAGCUGAACAGACUGGGCAGAGGGGGAAGAUUUAUGACUGCGCACACAAACACUCCUCUGUCUCUCUGGGGGUGUUGGGAGUUCUAUAGAUUUGAACACAUUCUGUUCAAUAUUCACAGCUUACCCUCUCGCUCUCUCUCUGGGAGUGUUGGGAGUUCUAUAGGUUUUAAGACAUUAUGUUCAAUGUUCACAGCUCAGACAUAUCCAGUGCCUCAGUUUAGAUGCAUACAGAGCAGCAACAGCGGGAGGGACAACUGAGUAUAUGGGGGCAAUGAUACUCUUGAUGCAAUAUUAAAUAUCACUUGAUGGGUAGAUACUCAACCAGUACUGUUUUGAAGGUGUAUCAACCUUGUUUGAUGAUGUAGGCCUAUACAUGUGUAAUAACAGCCAUGCAAUCUUCUUUUGGAAUUCAUGGACAUUUAGCGCCAUCUGCUGUUUUUAUUUUAAUUAUUUAACCUUUAUUUAACUAGGCAAGUCAGUUAAGAACAAAUUCUUAUUUACAAUGACGGCCUACCAAAAGGCAAAAGGCCUCCUGCGGGGACGGGGGCUGGGAUUAAACCUAAAAAAUUAAAUAAAAAAUAUAGGACAAAACACACCACAACAAGAGAGACCCCACAACACUACAUAAAGAGAGACCUAAGACAACAACAUAGCAUGGCAGCAACACAUAACAACACAGCAUGGUAGCAACACAACAUGACAACAACAUGGUAGCAACACAACAUGGCAGUUGCACAACAUGGUAGCAGCACAAAACAUGGUAUAAACAUUAUUGGGCACAGACAACAGCACAAAGGGCAAGAAGGUAGAGACAACAAUACAUCACGCGAAGCAGCCACAACUCUCAGUAAGAGUGUCCAUGAUUGAGUCUUUGAAUGAAGAGAUGAAGGUAAAACUGUCCAGUUGGAGUGUUUUUUGCAGCUCGUUCCAGUCGCUAGCUGCAGAGAACUGAAUAGAGGAGCGACCCAGGGAUGUUUGUGCUUUGGGGACCUUUUAACAGAAUGUGACUGACAGAACAGGUGUUGUAUGUGGAGGAUGAGUGCUGCAGAUGAGGGCUGAGUGAGGCCUAAGAGGGUUUUAUAAAUAAGCAUCAACCAGUGGGUCUUGCGAUGGGGAUACAGAGAUGACUAGUUUACAGAGGAGUAUAGAGUGCAGUGAUGUGUCCUAUAAGGAGCAUUGGUGGCAAAUCUGAUGGCCGAAUGGUAAAGAACAUCUAGUCGCUCGAGAGCACCCUUACCUGCCAAUCUAUAAAUUACGUCUCCGUAAUCUAGCAUGGGUAGGAUGGUCAUCUGAAUCAGGGUUAGUUUGGCAGCUGGGGUGAAAGAGGAGCGAUUACGAUAGAGGAAACCAAGUCUAGAUUUAACCUUAGACUGCAGCUUUGAUAUGUGCUGAGAGAAGGACAGUGUACCAUCUAGCCAUACUCCCAGGUACUUGUAUGAGGUGACUACCUCAAGCUCUAAACCCUCAGAGGUAGUAAUCACACCGGUUGGGAGAGGGGCAUUCUUCUUACCAAACCACAUGACCUUUGUUUUGGAGGUGUUCAGAACAGGGUUAAGGGCAGAGAAAGCUUGUUGGACACUAAGAAAGCUUUGUUGUAGAGCGUUUAACACAAAAUCCGGGGAGGGGCCAGCUGAGUAUAAGACUAUCAUCUGCAUAUAAAUGGAUGCGAGAGCUUCCUACUGCCUGAGCUAUGUUGUUGAUGUAAAUUGAGUAGAGCGUGGGGCCUAGGAUCGAGCCUUGGGGUACUCCCUUGGUGACAGGCAGUGUCUCAGACAGCAGAUGUUCCGAUUUUAGACACUGCACUCUUUGAGAGAGGUAGUUAGCAAACCAGGCCAAAGACCCCUCAGAGACACCAAUACUCCUUAGCCGGCCCACAAGAAUGGAAUGGUCUACCGUAUCAAAAGCUUUGGCCAUGUCAAUAAAAAUAGCAGCACAACAUUGCUUAGAAUCAAGGGCAAUGGUGACAUCAUUUAGGACCUUUUAAGGUUGCAGUGACACAUCCAUAACCUGAGCGGAAACCAGAUUGCAUACCAGAGAGAAUACUAUAGACAAGAAAGCCAGUCAGUUGAUUAUUGACAAGUUUUUCCAACACUUUUGAUAAACAGGACAAAAUAGAAAUUGGCCUAUAACAGUUAGGAUCAGCUUGAUCUCUCCCUUUAAAUAAAGGAUGCACCGUGGCUGCCUUCCAAGCAAUGGGAACCUCCCCAGAGAGGAGAGACAGGUUAAAAAGGUCAGAGAUAGGCUUAGCGAUGAUAGGGGCUGCAACCUUAAAGAAGAAAAGGUCUAAACCAUCUGACCCAGAUGUUUUUUGGGGGUCAAGUUUAAGGAGCUCCUUUAGCACCUCGGACUCUGUGACCGCCUGCAGGUAGAAACUUUGUAGCGGGGCAGGGGAAAAAGAGGGUGGCGCAUCGGGGCUAGUCGCAUUGGAAGGAGUGGGAGAUGAGGAAAUGUUGGACGGGCAAGGAGGCAUGGCUGAGUCAAAUAGGAAUCCUUACUUAAUGUGUGGUGAUUAAAGAGCUCAGCCAUGUGCUCGUUGUCAGUAACAACCACAUCAUCAACAUUAAGGGACAUGGGCAGCUGUGAGGAGGAGGGUUUAUUCUCCAGGUCUUUAACCAUUUUCCAGAACUUCUUGGGGUUAGACCCACAGAGAGAGAACUGCUCCUUAAAGUAACUAGGUUUAGCCUUCCGGAUAGCCUGAGUGCACUUAUUUCUAAUUUGCCUGAACGAGCGCCAGUCAGCCUGAGUAUGCAUUUGCCGAGCCUUUCGCCAAAUGGAAUUCUUGAGGUGGAGUAACUCUGCCAGAUCACGGUCGAACCAGGGGCUGAACCUGUUUUUAAUUCUGAUUUUCUUUAUGGGGGCGUGUUUGUUAACAAUACCACUGAAAAUAUCAAAAAAGAAGGUCCAAGCAUCUUCGACAGAGGGGAUCAAGCUGAUUAUAUACCAAUUUACAAAGGCCAGGUCAUGAAGGAAGGCUUGCUCAUUAAAGUUUUUUAGCAAGCGUCUAUGACAAAUCAGGACAGGUCGUUUCACUGAGCAGCCGUUACGAACACAGGCUGUAAAACAGUGAUCACUAAGGUCAUUACAGAAAACACCAGACUGAUACCUAUCAGGAUUAUUUGUGAGGAUAACAUUAAGGAGAGCAGCCUUUUCUGGGUGUUUGGAGUCAUACCUUGUGGGAUUGGUAAUAAUCUGAGAAAGAUUUAGGGAGUCCCAUUGCUUUAGGAUUUGGUCAGGUGGCCUAGGCAUGUCCCAGUUUAGGUCACCUAGCAGGACAAAUUCAGACUUAGUGUAAGGGGCCAGGAGAGAGCUUAGUGCAUUUAGGGUACAGGCCGGUGCUGAUGGAAGCCUGCAUGAGAACUCCCAAAGCCCAUACGGUAUAUAAUCUCUUUAUCACAUAUUCCCAUGUCUUCCUUUCCUCUCUUCCUCCCCUGUCUCUCUCCGCUCUUCCCCCUAUCUCUCUCUCCAGGCCCGGCGCAAGGUUGUGGGGGUUAUCUCUCCACACCUAUAGGGAUGUUUGGCUCUCCGGACUCUAACGGUGAUGGAAACUAUGAGUACAAUAUGGACUGCCUGUGGACCAUUGCCAUGCCCAUCAACAAAGUCAUCAACCUCACCUUUUCCUCCUUUGAACUGGAGGGAACGUCUACAUCUACCUGCCAGUACGACUACGUCAAGGUUAGGAGAUAUAUCAUUCUUCCAUUCAUUUGUUCAUUCAUUUGUUCGUUAUUUCACUCAUUAAUCUGCUGUCUCUGUCUGUCUGUCUCUCUCUCUCCGUCCCUCCCUUCUACCCUUCACCAUCAGAUCUUUGACGGAGACAAUAUGAACUUUCCUCUGGUGGGGAAGUACUGUGGACGUGAUGUAAUUCCGGGACCCUUUGUGUCUGCUAGUAACUUCCUGACUGUACACUUCGUCACUGACAGCUCAAUCAGCUACAGGGGCUUCAACGCCACCUACAGGGCACAGGACAGUAAGACACCCUUAUGUUCUAUUCCUUCCCUUUCUUUGUAUAACAGUUCACCUGCCCUGCACUCGUUGCCUAAUCCAUCACACUAUUAUUAAUAAAAAACAUUGGCCACAUAUUUAUAUUAAUAGACUUGUGGGUAUUGCAAUUCAAAAGACAUUGACUGUGUGUCUGUGUUUGUGUGUGCGCGUUAUCCAGGACUUUGCGGAGGCACUCUGAACGCUACAAACGCGGUCCAGACCAUAACAUCUCCUAUGUACCCCAACGCCUAUCCCCCUUUCAUCUCCUGUAUCUGGAUCCUGGACGCCCCUCCUCAGGAGAGUGUUAAAGUAGCCGUACAACAGUUCAACCUGCAGCCCAGCCAGAGCUGUAACACAAACUUCCUGCACAUGAGUGACUGGCCUGUGGUGAGACAGGCUAGCCUAUUUUUUUUGCUAUUUCUUAUGUGUUUAUUUGUACAGAGUGUUCUUGGUUCACUUGAAAGGAGCUUACAAUUAAACGUUAUUUUAUAUACUUACAUUUGUAGGAUUACUUUAAACUGUUAACCAUAACUGUAACAGUAGCCAUAACAAUUACUGUACUGACAGGCAAACUGGCACCUCUUUGUGAAGCUCUAUGUUUUAUAAAGUCCAUCUUCACUUACUCUGUGAGUCAAAAAAAAAUACUUAAUCUAAUGCCCUUAAUCGUUCUGUAUUGUGUGUUUCACAGGGAGACUACGGACAGGCGCACAAGUUCUGUGCUGCGGACCACAUCCCAGACUUCUACAGCUACGGGAGGACCAUGCACAUCGUCUUCAAGUCUGAUGCCUUCAUCACCGGCAACGGAAUGAGUCUGACCUAUCAGGUGGCAGGUAUGGUGAUAGCAGACUUCCAACCGUUACUAACUUGACCAUCCUAUCUAUUAGUUUUAGGGAGAGGCUCCCUCUUACCCUAUUCUCCUUUUACUAGUGACUUAUUUUAAACAUCUGUGUUUGUCCCAUGUCUUUAUCUUAAUGUAUUUGUCUGGUGUUUUCUCCCUUGUCUGAUUAUUCGUCCCUCCUGUGUGUUCCUCCAGGCUGCAGCAGGACCUAUGAGCAGGCCUACGGCUACCUGAAGAGCCCCGACUGGCCCAACAUCUACCCCCACAACAUGGACUGCACCAUCAUCCUCAUGGCCCCCCAGAACAACUCCAUCUCUCUGUUCUUCAACAGCUUCAACCUGGAGUCCCACUCCACCUGUAGUUAUGAUUACCUAGAGGUGAGAACACAGACAGUCUGAGGACACACUGGCUCAGUCUGCCAGUUUACUUGAUGCAUGGCCAUCUUUAUACCAUACAAGGGCCUGGUUGAAAUUCUCUCCUGACAGUCUGUUAUAUUUUGCCCUUAAAUAUGAAGUUUGUUUUUUAUGCCCAUUUUCAUAUCUUUGAUGUUUACAUUUUGAUGGCAUUUGGAUGACCGCAUCAAUUAUUAUUUAGCUGCUUUAUGAAUUCUGUGUAUCCCAGUCAAUCAAUCCUUGGUGUUGUCUGUUUAUGAAAGGCAACGUCUCAUCCUUGUUCCUCAGGUCCGGAAUGGCAGUACAGAAUCUUCCCCACUGUUAGGAAAGUACUGCGGGACCGCACUUCCCAAUCCUAUAUUCCCGGGCACCAACCAGCUUUACAUGCGCUUCAAGAGUGACUUCUCUGGUGCCCAGGACGGCUUUGAGAUCACCUGGACCUCUUCUCCAGAGGGUGAGAGAUUUAACCCAGUAGGGUGUCCCCAUCCUGAAAGACGAGAGAGACACAUUCCUAGUCUUAGACAUGGAAGACCACUGGGCCUGCUGGUUGUAAUCUAAACCAUCUCCUCCUUCUUUAGUUUACCGUAUGAUGCAACCAUGGCAAUGGUCAAAAUUUAUCCAAUCAAAUGACAAAAUAGCUGUUUGGUUUAUUAAAAAAUUAGCCUACCACAAGGUUAUAACAGUGUAUCUGUAAUACAAUUGUAUAAGGUGAUAUCAACAGAGAAGUUGCUGGCAUUUAUAUUGUAGGUGUGUGUCUGUACAGUAUGUGUAUUUUCGUGUGUGUGUGUGUGUUUUCUCCCCAGGUUGUGGAGGGCGGUUAUACGGAGACCACGGCUCUGUGACCAGUCCAAACUAUCCUGGCACCUAUGCCAACGGUACCCACUGUGAGUGGGGCAUUAAGGCUCCUAAUGGGCGUGUGGUGACUGUCACCUUCGCCCAGAUCAGCAUUGACGACCCAGGAGACUGCCAGAACAACUACCUGAAGCUGUUUGACGGGAAAGAUGCUAGCACUCCUCCUAUUGGCCCUUACUGUGGAGCGGUAUGUAACAUAGGAAUUCAUAUUGAACUUGUUAAUUUGUUAACAUUUUAUUGUGGGGAACGUAGGUAUCAUCGUGCUCAACCUCAAAUGGUCUCGUUUUGGUCCGAUGAACCAAUAAACAAUGAAGUUCAGAAAAUAUACAUUUUAUAUUAUAAAAUAUAUAUUAUUUUACCUUUUCAGCAGGCAGAUGACAAUAAUUCACACAAAAAAAAUACCUUUUAUUGAGGGACAAAAGAGCAUAUCGGGAUUAUGUGGCAUUCAUAAGAUUUAUCAAUAGCAUUUAUUAUACAGUUAAUAUACAGAUUAUAACAUGCAAUUAAUGGUUGUUGCAAGGGUUUUUCUCCUCUAAGCCUCUCCCUUCUUUCUUGUCGUUCACAGGAGACGAAUAUCGCUCCGUUCACAGCAUCCUCACACCACGUCUACGUCGUGUUCAAUGCUCAGUACUCUGUCCUGCCCUCUGGGUUCAGGCUUACAUGGAGCAGCUGAGAGGACACACACGCUAACCAGCUUGUUUACAGAUUCUCUAAUCAUGCCAGUGAAACUGGACAUCUGCCAUGCGAUCUUAGCAGAUAAAUUAAAUGUAAAUAAUGAAAAUGCUCUAAAAUUCUAUCAUAGAAUAUGUUUGAAUGAUCUGUUUGUAGAUAAUUUUAUAAAGAAUGGCAAAUAUGUAUUUUAUGGAGUUGCCAUGGGGUAAUAAAUUAAUGUCUUUUUUCAUAUAACAUCUUUGAUGUGCUAGCCGACAUAGCAACCUUUUAAUAAAAGUUAUGUUUUAAAUGAA